CUCUGAGCAGAGUCAGCGUUCCCGGCCUGGACGCCUCGGCUGGAGGAACUGCUGUCUGGAGGAAAAACAAAACUACACGGCGCUGACGGCCUGUAGUUUUGUUUUUUUGUUGUCGGGGUUCCUUCGAGGCUCACUUUGUUCUCCUUUUGGAUUUCCCACUAAAUUUUUCUGGAUAAAGAGAUUUUUGACUUUCUGAAGACAGCCCUCUGGGCAUCCCGGGCAUCCUUGUGCAGACAAGGUGCCGACCAACAUGUCAACACAGGCGCCGACGUUCACACAGCCGCUGCAGAGCGUCGUGGCACUAGAGGGUAGUGCCGCGACGUUCGAGGCUCAAGUUAGUGGUUCUCCAGUUCCUGAGGUGAGCUGGUUCCGUGAUGGCCAGGUUCUUUCCGCCGCCGCUUUGCCCGGCAUUCAGAUCUCGUUCAGCGACGGCCGCGCUGUUCUGAGGAUCCCCGCUGUGACCGCCGCACACAGCGGGAGAUUUUCUGUCAGAGCCACCAACGGCGCUGGACAAGCCACGAGCACCGCCGAACUCCUGGUUACAGCCGAGACGGCGCCUCCAAACUUCCUUCAGAGACUGCAGAGCUCCACGGUGCGACAGGGCAGCCAGGUGAGGCUGGACGUCCGAGUCACAGGAAUCCCAACACCUGUGGUGAAGUUCUACAGAGAGGGAGCCGAGAUCCAGAGCUCGGCGGACUUCAGGAUCCUCCAGGAAGGAGACCUGUACAGUCUGCUGAUCGCUGAGGCCUUCCCAGAGGAUUCUGGGACAUAUUCUGUGACCGCCACCAACAGCAGCGGACGGGCCACGUCCACCGCCGAGCUGCUGGUUCAGGGUGAAGAAGCUGUACCUGCUAAGAAAACCAAGACUAUUGUGUCCACAUCCCAGAUGACGACUUCCCAGACCCGAGCACAGAGGAAGGUGGAGGCGAGUUUCCAAGCCACCACCAUGAUGGAGAUGCACGUGGAAGGAGGAAUGAUGACUCAGCAUUUGGCUCACAAGACUCCCCCGCGGGUUCCCCCGAAGCCGACCUCCAGGUCCCCGCCGUCCUUCGUUUCCAAGGUGGCGGGAGGACGCCAGCAGUCGCCUUCACCUGUCAGACACGUGAAAGGGCCGACGCCCGCAGCCGUCAGACCCGUCUCUCCUUCCGCCAGACUGUCCGUCUCUCCCAUCAGACCGGUCAAGUCCCCCAUCAUGACCCGCAAACAGAUUUCUGCCUCUGCGGAGGUCCUGCCUCCCUGGAAGCAGGGCGACUACGUGGCUGAAGCCAGCUACACCAGCAUGUCCAGCAUGUCCAGCAUGACCAGCGUGAGCAGCGCCGCCCAGCUUCACAUGGAGAAGCACUGGGAGCAGCAGGUCACCGCCACCAGAGAGGAGGCGGCUGCAGUUCCCACCAGAGCUCAGGAGCCCGUCGUUCCUCCCACUCUGAUUGCUAGCCUGAAGAAUGUGACGGUGACAGAGGGCGAGUCGGUGACUCUGGAGUGCCAGAUCAGCGGCCACCCCGCUCCCGUCAUCAUGUGGUUCAGGGAGGACUACAAGAUCGAGAGCUCUAUCGACUUCCAGAUCAGCUACACGAACGGAUACGCCCGGAUGGUGAUCCGCGAGGCGUUCGCCGAAGACAGCGGGCGCUUCACCUGCACCGCCACCAGCGAGGCGGGCACCGUCAGCACCUCCUGCUACCUGCUCGUCAAAGUUUCAGAAGAAAUCGAGAGCAGAGAGGAAACGACCGUCACUGAGAUUGGAAUCACUCAGGAGAAAACUGUUGCCGUGGAGACAAAGGAACAGGUGGUGGCGGAGGUGAGUGCCGGAGAGGCCGCCGCUCCCUUCUUCAUCAAGAAGCCGAGCGCUCAGAAGCUGGUGGAGGGGGGAAGCGUCGUCUUCGAAUGCCAGAUCGGAGGAGUCCCCAAACCUCACAUCAUCUGGAAGAAGAGCGGAGUGCCGCUCACCACUGGAUACAGAUACAAAGUCGCCUACAAGAAGGAGACCGGAGAAUGCAAACUGGAGAUCUCCAUGACCUUCGCUGAUGAUGCUGGCGAAUACUCCGUCUUUGCCAAGAAUCAACAUGGAGAAGCCUCAGCCUCCGCCAGCCUGCUGGAGGAAGGGGAAUAUGAAGCCUACAUGAAGCAGCAUGACGUGACCUAUAAAACUGAAGUGACGACGACGGUGGUUCAGGAGCCCUCUGUGGUCGUGAGUCAAUAUGAGCUGGAACAGAGAAGAGUGACCACCCCCAUGAGCUUUGUCUCAGAAACGGAAUUUCUUAUUUCUGCCUUUGAAGAGAGGAUCAUCCAGGAGAUUGAGCUCCGUAUCAUGAGGAUCACCUACAGAGAGCUGGUGAUUGAGGACGGAGAGCUGAUUGUGACUGCAGCAGAGGAGGAGGCGGUGCAGCCGGCCUUCGACACGCCGGUCAAAAACUACAGGAUCAUGGAGGGAAUGGGUGUCAUUUUCCACUGCAAGACAGGUGGAAACCCACUGCCAAAGAUUGCUUGGUACAAAGACGGCCAGCGCAUCAGGCCUGGUGGCCGUUACCAGAUGGAGGUUCUUCAGGAUGGACGAGCCAGCCUUCGUCUGCCCGUGGUCCUGCCGGAGGACGAGGGCGUGUACACCGCCUUCGCCACCAACAUGAAGGGAAAUGCCGUCAGCUCUGGGAAGCUCUACGUGGAGCCGUCCGGAGCUGUAACCCCUCAAAGAUACACACCACAGCCAGCUAUGCAGAGGAUCAGAUCCACAUCUCCUCGUUCUAUGAGCCGCUCCCCCGGCCGUUCUCCCAGCCGUUCUCCCAGCCGUUCUCCCGCCCGCAGGCUUGACGAGACAGAUGAGGCUCAGCUGGAAAGACUCUACAAGCCUGUGUUUGUCCUGAAACCUUCCUCAAUAAAAUGCUCUGAGGGGCAAACUGCCAGAUUCGACUUAAAGGUUGUUGGCAGACCCAUGCCCGACACAUACUGGUUCCACAACGGACAACAAGUGGUCAACGACUACACCCACAAGAUAGUGAUUAAAGAGGACGGUACCCAGUCCCUGAUCAUCGUCCCAGCCUUGCCACAAGACUCUGGAGAGUGGACAGUUGUCGCUCAGAACAGAGCUGGACGGACUUCUGUCUCUGUAACUCUUACUGUUGAUGCUCGAGAAAGCCUGGCACGCCCUCAGUUUGUUGAGAAGCUGAAGAACAUCAGUGUAAAGCAGGGCACUCUGGUUGAGUUGGCCGUCAAAGCCAUUGGAAACCCCCUGCCUGACAUUGUCUGGCUGAAAAACAGUGACAUUAUCAGCCCACACAAACACCCACACAUCAAGAUUGAUGGAACUAAAGGAGAGGCCAAAUUCCAGAUUCCCUCAGCUGCAGGCACAGACAGCGCCUGGUACACUGCUACAGCCAUCAACAGGGCUGGCAGAGACACCACACGCUGCAGAGUCAAUGUAGAGGUGGACUUUGCUGCUCCUCAAGCUGAGAGAAGGCUCAUUAUCACCAAAGGAACCUACAAGGCCAAGGAGAUCGCUGCUCCAGAGUUGGAGCCCCUUCAUAUGCGAUAUGGUCAAGAGCAGUGGGAGGAGGGCGACCUUUAUGACAAAGAGAAGCAGCAGAAACCACAGUUCAAGAAGAAGUUGACCUCUGUCCGCAUGAAGCGCUUUGGUCCGGCUCAUUUCGAGUGCAGACUGACCCCCAUCGGUGACCCCACGAUGGUAGUGGAGUGGCUGCAUGACGGCAAACCCCUGGAAGCUGCUAACAGGUUGCGCAUGGUCAAUGAAUUUGGCUACUGCAGUCUUGACUAUGAAGUUGCUUACGCUAGAGACAGCGGCGUCAUCACCUGCAGAGCUACUAACAAGUUUGGAGUCGACCAGACCUCGGCCACCCUGAUUGUGAAAGAUGAGAAGGGCCUUGUUGAGGAAACACAGCUUCCUGAAGGCAGGAAGGGAGCGCACCGGAUGGACGAGAUGGAGCGCCUGGCUCACGAGGGAGGACCUGCAGGAGUCAGCACUGAUGAUGAAUUUGAAAAGACCAAACCUGAAAUUGUUCUGCUUCCUGAACCAGCCAGAGUGCUGGAAGGCGACAUUGCCCGAUUCCGCUGCAGAGUGACUGGUUAUCCAGCACCCAAGGUUAACUGGUACCUCAACGGACAACUUAUCCGCAAAAGCAAGAGAUACAGACUUCGUUAUGAUGGUAUUUACUACUUGGAGAUUGUCGACAUCAAGUCCUAUGAUGCAGGAGAGGUCAGGGUGGUUGCAGACAAUCCUCUAGGCACAACUGAGCACACUGUGAAGCUCGAGAUCCAACAGAAAGAGGACUUUAGAUCCGUGCUGCGUCGUGCUCCAGAACAGAAGGCAGAGGCUUCGCAUGAGCCCAGCAGAAUUGGAUUUGAUGUUGUGAAGGUCGACCGACCUGGCGAGUCCGCACAGGACAGGGAAGUUGUUAAGCUGCGUAAGACGCAGAGAAUUGUUCACGAGAAAACGUCAGAGGAGUCAGACGAACUGAAGAGCAAGUUCAAGCGCAGGACCGAGGAAGGGUUUUAUGAGUCCAUCUCUGCUGUGGAGUUCAAGUCUCGCAAGAAGGACGACUCCUAUGAGGAUCUACUGAAGAAGACCAAGGAGGAGCUGCUUCAUCACUUGAAGGAGAAAGAAGAAGCUGAGAGGAAGAGGUUGGAGGAACAAGGAAAAGUUACCAUCCCCACAAUCAAACCGGAGAGGGUCCAGCUGUCCCCAAGCAUGGAAGCACCCAAGAUCCUGGAACGCAUUGCAAGCAAGACAGUUGCUCCAAUGGAUGAGGUUCGCUUCCGAGUCAGAGUCGUUGGCAGACCAGAACCUGAGUGCCAGUGGUUUAAGAACGGCAUUCAGGUGGAGAAGUCUGACCGGAUUUACUGGUACUGGCCUGAAGAUCAUCUGUGCGAGCUGGUGAUCAGAGAUGUCACGGUGGCGGAUUCUGCUAGCAUCAUGGUGAAAGCCAUGAAUGUUGCUGGCGAGGCCUCAAGCCAUGCCUUCCUGCUUGUGCAAGCCCAGGCAGCAGUCAGCUUUACACAAAACCUUGAGGACGCUAGAGCAAAUGAGAAGGACACCAUGGUGACUUUUGAGUGUGAAACUAAUGAACCUUUCGUCAAAGUCAAAUGGCUUAAGAACAACAUGGAGAUCUUCUCCGGAGACAAAUACAGAAUGCACUCAGACAGAAAGGUUCACUUCCUGUCUGUGCUGACAAUUGAGAUGAGGGAUGACGCCGAAUACAGUUGUGUAAUUGUAGACGAUGAGAGCGUCAGGACGAGCGCAAGGCUCCAUGUAGAAGGCGCUACCCUGGAGCUCAUCAAACACAUGGAGAACAUUGAGGUGCCAGAGACCUACACUGGAGAGUUUGAGGUUGAGCUGUCUCGUGAGGACGCUGAGGGCAGCUGGUUCUUCGGAGACAAGGAGCUCUCUCCCAGCAGUAAAUACAUCAUGUCCUCCCGCCGAGGAAGACACACCCUGUCCGUCAAGGAUGUCAAGAAAGUGGACCAGGGAAAAUAUACCUUCGUAUGUGGAGAUCUGACAACCAGCGCCUCACUGAAGAUGAAAUUGCGCCCGGUGACCCUGAUGCAGCCCUUGACCGACCUCACAGUGUGCGAGGGUGACAUCGCUCAGUUGGAGGUCAGGUUCUCCCAGGAGAACGUUGAAGGAACCUGGAUGAAGAACGGCCAGGCCAUCACCGCCUCGGACCGCGUCCACAUCGUAAUCGACAAACUGGUCCACAAGCUGCUGGUGGAGAAUGUCACCAGAGAUGACGCUGCUUCCUACUCUUUCGUGGUUCCCGCCCAAGACAUCUCCACCUCGGGAAAACUCAAUGUUCAAACGAUUGACAUUGUGGUGCCACUGAAGGACGUGUCCUCCAUCGAAGGCACCAAGGCUGUUCUGGAGGCCAAGAUCUCCGCUCAGGACAUCACCUCGGUCAAAUGGUACCAUAACGACAAAUUGCUGAUGCCCAGUGAACGAUUCCAGAUGGUGGCAAAGGGAUCCAAGCAGCGUCUGGUCUUCAGUAGGACCUACGCCUCCGACGAGGGACAGUACAAACUGGUGGUCGGCAAGGUCGACACCAGCUGCAGCCUCACUGUGGAAAAGGUACACAUUGUGAAGCACAUGGAGGACAAAGUGUGCUCCGAGUCCCAGAACGUGACCUUUAACGUCGAAGUUUCUCACCCCGGAAUCGACCCAGUCUGGACAUUCAGGAACCAGCAGCUCAAACCUGGACCCAAAUACAAGAUGGAGUCCAAGGGCAAGGCUCACUCUCUGACGGUCAUUGACGCCAUGAAGGACGAGGAGGGCCAGUACAUGUUCCACGCCGGUGAAAAGACAUCCAGCGCCAAGCUCUCUGUCUCCGGUGGAGCCAUCACACGGCCCCUGCAGGACGUGACGGUGGCAGAGUCUCAGACCGCUGAGCUGGAGUGUGAAGUCGCCAACGCCAACGCUGAGGGCAAGUGGCUGAAGGAGGGUCACCCCGUGGACUUCAACGAGAACGUGGUGAGCGAGGUGAAGGGCGCCGUCAGACGCCUCGUCUUCGUCAUCACAAGACCGCAGGACGUCGGCGAGUACACCUACCAGGUGGCCAACUCCAAAACCACCGCUAACCUCAGGGUGGAGGCGGUGAAGAUCAAGAAAACUCUGAGGAACCAGACUGUGACGGAGACCCAGGAGGCGGUGUUCACACUGGAGCUCACCCACACCGACGUGAAAGGAUCCCAGUGGAUCAAGAACGGCGUGGAGCUUCAGAACAGCGACAAGUACGAGAUCUCCUCCGACGGCGUGGUCCACACGCUGAAGGUCAAGAACUGCAACACGCAGGACGAGUCGGUUUAUUCCUUCAAACUGGGAAAACUGUCCGCCAACGCUCGGCUCAACGUGGAGACGAUCAAAAUUGUAAAGAAGAUUAAGGACGUGACGUCGCUGCUGAAUGGCACCGCCUCCUUCGAGAUGAGCCUGUCACAUGACGACAUCCCCGUCAGGUGGAUGUUUAAAGGCGCGGAGCUGAAGUCGAGCGACAAGUGCAAGAUACUGUCGGAGCGGAAAGCUCACAAACUGAUCCUGCAGAAUGUCGACAGUGGCGACGCAGGAGAGUACACCGCCGUGGUGGGACACCUGCAGAGCAGCGCCAUGCUCACUGUGGAGGCCCUGCGAGUCACCAAACCCUUAAAGAGCGUGAAGGUCCCGGAGACCCAGGUGGCCACGUUCGAGUGUGAAGUUUCUCACUUCAACGUGCCGUCCACCUGGCUGAAGGACGGCGUGGAGAUCGAGAUGAGCGAGAAGUUCAGGAUUGUGGUUCAGGGGAAACUCCACCAGCUGAAGAUCAUGAACACCAGCACGGACGACUCUGCAGAGUACACCUUCAUCUGCGGGAACGACAGAGUCUCUGCGACGCUCACCGUCAGCCCCAUCCUGAUCACCUCCAUGCUGAAGGACCUGAACGCUCAGGAGAGGGACACCAUCACCUUCGAGGUCACGGUCAACUACGAGGGCGUCACCUACAAGUGGCUGAAGAACGGCGUGGAGGUCAAGUCGUCGGACAGAUGUCAGGUCCGCAGCCGGCAGCUCACGCACUCGCUCACCAUCCGAAACGUUCACUUCGGAGACGGAGGAGAGUACCAGUUUGUGGCCGGCUCCGCCGCCACCGCCGCUAACCUGUUCGUCGAAGCUCGUGUGAUUGAGUUCACCAAGAAAAUCAAGGACAUAAAGAUCACAGAGAAGAAGAAGGCCAUUUUUGAGUGUGAGGUUUCUGAGCCGAACAUCCAGGUGAUCUGGAUGAAGGACGGUCAGGAGCUGGACACCACCGAGGACAGGUACAUUGUGACGGCAGAGAAGUACGUUCACCGCCUGAUGGUGCAGACGGUUCGCAUGUCCGACGCCGGAGAGUAUUCGGUGGUGGCCGGAUCCAGCGUCUCCAAGGCCCAGCUGAUCGUGGAAGGUCGCGACAUCCGGAUCUCCGAACCUGCCGAGCGGGAAAUCACGGUUCUGGAGAAACACAGAGCGACCUUCGAGUUCGAGGUGAACGAGGACGACGUGGAGGGUCGCUGGCUGCGGAACGGGGUGGAGAUCCAGUUCUCGGUGGAGGAGAGGUUCAGCUACGUCGCCAUCAGGAAGCUGCACCGCCUCACCAUCUCCGAGACCUACAGGAGCGACGCCGGGGAGUACACCUUCAUCGCCGGCAAGAACAGGAGCACCAUGAACCUCCGAGUCAACAUCCCGGAGCCUCCUCAGAUCCUCCGACACAUGGAGCCCCUGUCGGUGGAGGCGGGUAAACCGGCUCGCUUCUCGGUGCAGGUGAGCGGCAUCCCUCAGCCUCAGGUCUUCUGGUACAAGAACUCCCAGGCCCUGUCCCCGGGCUUCAAGUGCAAGUUCCUACACGACGGCAACGAGCACUCGCUGCUGCUGAUUGAAGUGUUCCCCGAGGACGCCGCCGUCUACAACUGCGAGGCCAAGAACGACUACGGCACCGCCACGAGCACUGCGGCGCUCAACGUGGAAGUGUCAGAGGUGGUUUCUCCGGACUCCGCCGCCACCGUCGCUCCUCCUGUCGUCAUCUCGCCCAUCGCCAGCACCUCAGCCCGCGAGGGAGAGCCAGCUCGCUUCCAGUGCCGAGUCCGCGGAGACGAUGUGAAGAUCAGCUGGUUCCACAAGGAGAAGGAGAUCAAGCAGUCGGACUUCUUCAGGAUGUCUCAGUUCGACGACAGCUGUCAGCUGGAGAUCUCCAGGGUUUACCCAGAGGACGAGGGCGAGUACAGCUGCGUGGCCACAAACGGCGCCGGAACCGUGUCCUGCUCCGCCACGCUCACUCUGGACGUGACUCAUGUGAGAGAGCACAUUGAAGCCAAGAUUGAGCAAGAAGUGAAAGUGCCACCUGUCUUUAGGCAGAAAAUCACACCUCUGGAGAUAAACAUCGGCAGCCACGCCAAGUUCGAAUGUGAAAUCGAGGAUGCUCCGAGUGUGACCUUCAAAUGGUACAGGUCUGGCAUUGAGAUCAAACAAAGUGAGAAGUAUAGGAUCCUUAGCAGCCACAUCAGUUCCUCCCUGGAGCUCCUGAACCCGGUCAAAGCCGACAGCAGUGAAUACACCUGCAAGGCUUCAAAUCAGCACGGCACUGACAGCUGCACUGCCUCACUCAUUGUCACCGAACCUCCAGAGUUUGUGCUGAAACUCCCUGCCACUAAGUUUGUGAAGCAGGGUGAGUCACUCCGCCUGGAGUGCAAAGUCAAUGGCACAGCCCCUCUGAAAGUGACCUGGUACAAACACGACACCAAGGUCACGGACGGGGGUAACUACAGGACUUCAUUUAUUGACUCAGUAGCAGUCCUGGAACUGCUCUCCGCCAGCUUUGAUGAUGAUGGGGUUUACACCUGUGAAGCUCAGAACGAUGCUGGCAGUGUCAGCUGCAGCACCACACUUUCUGUUAAAGACGCCCCAUCGUUUGUCAAAGUGCCUCAGCCCAUCGAAGGGCUGAAGGGUAAGGACGUGAGUCUGUACUGCGAGAUGAGCGGUACAGCUCCGUUCCAGAUCACUUGGUUCAAAGACAGGAAGCCUCUAAUGGAGAGCAGGAAGUAUAAGAUGGUGAGCGAGGGCAGCUCGGCCACGCUGCAUGUCAUUGGGAUAGAGCCCUCGGACGCCGGCGAAUACGAGUGCAAAGUGUCAAACAGUGUAGGAAGUGACACCUGCCAGACGUCAGUUAAACUCAGAGAGCCGCCGUCGUUUGUGAAGAAACUGUCACACAUGACAGUGAUACUGGGAGAGGAGGUGACCCUUGUGGCCACUGUUAAAGGCUCUGAACCCAUUACUGUGUCCUGGGUUCAAGACAAGGAUCACAUUCUCAGGGACGGUGACAACAGGAAAAUCACCUUUGAGAACAACCAGGUCGCACUUAAAGUCUUUAAGGCUGAUGCAACCACGGCAGGCAAAUACACCUGCCAACUCAGAAACGAUGCUGGGAGUGUGGAGUGUUUCGCUAACUUGACUGUUCUAGAACCAGCAAAGAUUGUGGAUAAGCCUGACGCUCUGAGCGUGACAGCCGGCGAUAUCGCCGCCCUAGAGGUCAAAGUGUGCGGGACCCCCGAGCUCACACCGAAGUGGUUCAAGGAUGGUGUUGAGCUGGCCUCUGGGAGGAAAUACAAAAUCUCCUUUUCCCGGAUGAUUUCCAGCCUGAACGUGCUCUCUGCUGAGAAAAUGGACUCGGGAGAAUAUACGUUUGAGGUCAUGAACGAGGUCGGGAAGGACCUGAGUAAAAUUAAUCUCACUGUCUUAGAUAAGAUCGUUCCUCCAACAUUCUCCAGGAAGUUGAAGGAUUGCAACACAGUUGUUGGACAAGCCGGAGAGAUGGAGUGCAAAGUGUCGGGCUCCCCACCUUUUACCAUCUCAUGGUACCACAAUGGGGAGGAGAUACAGAGCGGACCAAAUUAUGAGAUUUCAUUCAGUGACAACAGCUGCACGCUCAAGGUGCCCACGCUGAAGCUGUCCGACUCUGGAGCGUACAAAUGUAAAGCUGUCAACAAGGCGGGAUCCAGUGAAACCACAGCCUCCCUGGUUGUAAAAGAACCUCCAUCUUUCGCGGUGCCGCCCCAGCCGGUGGAAGCCAUGCCGGGCUCUAACGUGACUAUCUCAGCCAUGGUGAAAGGCAGCGCCCCCCUCAAACUGAAGUGGUUCAGAGGAACGAAGGAGAUCCUGGCCGGACGGGACUGUAAUUUCUCCCUGAAGGACAACCAAGUUAUUUUGGAGCUUUUCAACGUGGACAGAUCUCACGCUGGAGAGUAUACCUGUCAGAUCAUUAACGACGCAGGAAAGGAAAGCUGCACAGUCAAUCUGGCUGUCAAAGAGCCCGCAGCCUUCACUAAGAAGCUGAAGGACGUGUCGGUCGAAAAGGGCAAGCCGUUAACGCUGGAGUGUGCGUACACCGGAACGCCUAAAAUCACAGUGAACUGGUACAGAGACGGCCAGCAGAUCUUCGCCUCUUACAAACACAACAUCACCACGACCGAAAGCUCCUGCAUCCUGGAGUGCCUCAGCACCGACGACAAGGAGGCCGCAGGAAGGUACUCCUGCGAAGUGUCCAACGACGCCGGGAAGGACACGUGCGAGGCCAACGUGUCCAUCCUCGAGCCACCGUACUUUGUCGAGUCCCUGGAGCCCAUGGAGGUGACAUCAGGAGACGCCGUGUGUCUGAAGUGUCAGGUGGCGGGCACGCCUGAGAUCAAGGUGUCCUGGUUCAAAGCCGACGGCAAAGUCCGGUCCAGCCCCACCUGUAGGUUAGAGUACACCAAGGGCGUCGCCUGUCUGAAGCUCAGCAAGGCCACCAAGGCCGACAUCGGAGAGUACACCUGCAAGGCGGAGAACAAGAUAGGCUCCGCCUCCUCCACCUGCAGACUCAGUGUGCAAGAGGCCAAAACGCCGCCGUCCUUCCCCAAGAAGAUCACCAGCCUGCAGCAGACGGAGGGUCAGGCCGUCAGGUUCGAGUGCCGCGUCGCCGGCUCGUCGCCCAUCGAGGUGUCGUGGCUGAAAGACGGCGAGCCCCUGAGGCAGGGAGACGAGUUCUCCAUGCUGUACGACGACAACACGGCCGUGCUGCAGAUCGGCCGCGGCGAGAUGAGGCAUUCUGGGGAGUACACCUGCGUGGCCACCAACAGCGUGGGCUCGGCCUCCUGCAGAGCCAAGCUCACUCUGCAAGAACCAAGGUACCCACCGGUCUUUGACAGGAAGUUGUCACCGCAGGAGGUGACGGUGGGUGACAGCAUUGAGCUGGAGUGUCACAUGACCGGCUCUGCCCCCAUUAAAGUGACGUGGUCCAAAGACCAUAAAGAUAUUCGCACUGGGGGGAAUUAUAAGAUGAGCUGUGUGGAAAACACGCCCCACCUGACCAUUCUGAAGGCCGAUAAAGGCGACACGGGGAGAUACUUCUGCCAUGCCUCUAAUGACAUGGGGAAGGACUCUUGUUCCUCUGAUAUCACUGUCAAAGAGCGUAAAAACCCUCCGGUGUUCACCAAGAAGCCCUCGGAGAGUAUGGAGGACACGGAGGGCAAGCUGGUGAAGAUCGAGGGCAGGGUCACCGGCUCGCAGCCCAUUUCUGUCAGCUGGUUCAGGGACGACACGGAGAUCCUCAGCUCCGACAAAUACGACAUCAGCUUCAAGAGCAACGUGGCCGUGCUGUGCAUCAAGAGCAGCCAGGUGUCGGACAGCGGCAGGUACUCGUGCCAGGCCUCCAACGAGGCUGGGAGAGCCUCCUGCAGCGUCACUGUGGGCAUCUCAGAGGCCAAGAAGCCUCCGGUGUUCGACGUCCCCCUCAAACCGGUGACUGUGGACGAGGGCGAGAAGCUGAGUCUCAGGUGUCACGUCUGCGGGUCUCCUCCUCUGAAGAUCCAGUGGAUGAAGGACAGGAAGGACCUGACGUCCGGCGGCAGCACCAGGAUCAGCUUCUCCGACGGGACGGCCUGUCUGGAGAUCAGCCCGGCCUCCAAACACGAUGCCGGCGAUUACCUCUGCAAGGCCACCAACGACGCCGGCAGCGAGUUCUGCAAGGCCAAAGUCACCGUCAAAGAGAAACCAGGAGCAGCUCCGGCUCCUGCUGCAGCUCCUGCAGCCGCUCCGGCCAAGAAACUGGAAAACCUGUUCUUCAUCGAGGAGCCCAAAACUGCACACGCCACUGAGAAGGGCGUCGCCACCUUCAUCGCCAAAGUGGGCGGCGACCCCAUCCCCAGCGUGAAGUGGAUGAAGGGGAAGUGGCGGCAGAUCACGCACGGCGGCAGGAUCUCCAUCGAGCAGAAGGGCCAGGAGGCCAAACUGGAGAUCAGGGAGGUGACCAGGUCGGACUCGGGUCAGUACAGGUGUGUUGCCUCCAACAAGCACGGAGAGAUCGAGAGCAGCGCCGACAUGCACGUGGACGAAAAGAAAGAGGCGGCGCUGCUGGAGGGAGACCUCCGAGCCAAACUGAAGAAGACGCCGUCGAAGCAGAAGAGUCCACAGGAGGAGAAGGACAUCGACAUCGUCGAGCUGCUGAGGAACGUGGACCCCAAAGAGUACGAGAAAUACGCCCGAAUGUACGGCAUCACGGACUACCGAGGCCUGCUGCAGGCCAUCGAGCAGCUGAAGAAGGAGAAGGCUGAAGAAAGUGGAAGACCGGAACUGGAACGUGGAGACAGAGAGUCUGAUGAGGACAUGGCCCGACUGGUGGCCGACCUGCAGAAGAGGAUGGAGCGGACAGAGCCCGUCACCGUGGUGAAGGACAUCUCCGAUCAGUCCGUCUUCACCAACAAGGUGGCGGUGUUUGAGUGCGAGAUCAAGAUCAACUACCCAGAGAUCACCCUGUCCUGGUACAAGGGCACCCAGAAACUGGACACCAACGACAAGUACGACAUCAGCAUCAGCGGCGACCGCCACCUGCUCAAGAUCAAGAACUGCCAGUCGUCCGACCAGGGCAACUACCGGGUGGUCUGUGGGCCGCACAUCUCCAGCGCCAAGCUCACCGUCACGGAAGCGGAGGUUGAGAAGCAUCUGCAGGACACAUCCGCUGCCAGAGUUCCCAUUGAGGAGACAGUGGAGACCAAGGAGGUUGAACUGAGAGCAGAAAUCCCAACUAAAGUUCCCAAAGCUGAGAAGAAGCCUGAAGAGAAGCCAACACCAGCUGUGAAGGAGCCAUCAGCACCUAAAGUACCGGAGGCGAAAAAGCCAGUGGAGGAAAAGAUUCCUGCGGUUAAAGUCCCAGAGAAGAAGGAGGUUCCUGCUCCCAAAGGAGCAGAGGAGGUUAAGGCGCCCGCUGCUCCCUCACCACCUGCCGAGAAGCCUGGAGUGCCAAAGAAAGAUGAGCCCAGGCCUCAGGUACCAGCUGAGCCCAAAAAACUGGCUCCUGCUGCUAAGCCUGAGCCUGAACCCAAGCCUAAGCCCACACCAGCUCCUAAAGCAGAACCUGAAGCCAAACCAGCGGCGAAGGUCGAGCCGGAGCCUGAAGCUAAGCCGGCGCUGGUAAAGAAGCCGGCGACGCCGCCAUCCAAAGAUGAAACCAAAGGGCCUGUCCAAGCACCGGGAGGAGUCAAGAAAGAGGGGCAACCAGCAGAAGAAGCGGGAAGAGGUAGAGGUAGAGGGCUGAAACCCAAGCAGACGCCAUCCCCUGGAGAAGGCAGGGGCCGCGGCCUAAAGCCUGGCGGAAAAGGCCCAUCACCACCAGAGGAACCCUUCGGAGGAUUCAAGCUCAAAGCCGUCCCCCUAAAGUUCAUCAAGAAGAUUCAGGACAUCGUGUUGCAGGAAGCCGAGUCUAUUGGCUCGUCUGCUGUGUUUGAGUGUGAGGUCUCUCCUUCCACUGCCAUCACGUCAUGGAUGAAAGAUGGCGGUAAUCUGCGCGAGAGCCCCAAGCACAAGUUUACUUCUGAUGGCAAAGAUCGCAAGCUGAACAUUAUUGAUGUCCAGCUGUCCGACACUGGAGAAUACACCUGUGUGGCAAAGAACGCCGGCAAGGAAAUAUCAUGCACAGCUAAGCUCAUUGUUGAAGAGCUACCUGUGAAAUGGAUCAAAGAGCUGGAGGAGGAGACGUCAGCUAUUAAGGGUCAGGCCUUAUACAUGACCUGCGAGUUGAACAAAGAGAGAGAUGUGAUAUGGAAGAAGAAUGGAGAGGUCCUGAAGAAGCAGGCCGGGAAAGUUCAGAUCAAUAUCAUUGGUAUGCAGCACGCUGUAACCAUCCAGAACACCUCUGAGGAGGACACUGGUGUCUAUACUUGUGAAGUGGCCGGCCAGGAGGAUGUCCUGACCAAAACAAAUGUCAAAGUGAUUGAAAUUAUCAAAGAUUGGAUUGUGAAACCACUGAGGGACCAGCAUGUGAAACCAAAGGCUGCCGCUACAUUUAAAUGCGAGCUCUUCAAGGAGACUCCCAACUGGAAGUGGCUGAAAGGAGAGAAUGAGAUCACUCCUUCUGACAAGGUUGAGAUCAAGAAGGAUGGAAAGGAGCUGACGCUCACAAUCAAGAACUGUCAGCCUGAUGAUGUAGCAGAAUAUUCCAUGGAGGUGGAAGGACGCAUCUACACUGCCAAGUUAACCCUAGGAGAGCGGGAGGCUGAGAUCCUGAAGCCCCUGGCCAGCGUUGAGGUGGUUGAGAAGGAAAACGCCACGUUUGAGACGGAGAUCUCUGAGGAGGAUGUUCCAGGGGAAUGGAAGCUCAAAGGAGAGGUUUUGACCAGAUCCCCGAUGUGCGACAUCCAGAUGGACGGUGCAGUGCGUAAGCUCACGCUGAAAAAUUGCCAGUUGGAUCACGCCGGAGAAGUGUCCUACCAGGCGCUGAACGCUAUAACCAGCGCAAUGCUCAACGUCAAAGAGCGCGACAUCAAGGUCGUUCGCCCGCUGUACAGCGUGGAGGUCACGGAGACCGAGUCGGCCAAGUUUGAGACGGAGAUUUCAGAGGAGGACCUUCACGGCAUCUGGAAACUGAAGGGAGACACGCUGCACCCGUCUGCUGACGUGGAGAUCAAGGAGGAGGGAACCCGUCACAUGUUGAUCCUCUUCAACUGCAGGAAGGACAUGGCCGGAAGUGUAGACUUCUCUGCAGCGAAUGCCAAAUCCUCAGCUCAGCUCAGGGUCAAAGCCCGAGUGAUCGGCCUGAAGAGGCCGCUGAAGGACGUCACCCUGACUGCCGGAGAGACGGCCACCUUCGAGUGCGAGCUGUCAUACGAAGGCAUCGCUGCCGAGUGGUUCCUGGGGGGUACAAAGCUGGAACCGAGCGACAGAGUGGUGUUGAAGGCGGAGGGUAAAGUCCACAGUCUGACUCUGCGGGACGUCAAGCUGGAUGAAGCCGGACAAGUCAAACUCACCGCCAAAGACUUCCAGACCGAGGCCAACCUCAUCGUCAAAGAGCCUCCGGUGGAGUUCACGAAGCCUCUGGAGGACCAGACGGUGGAGGAGGAAGCCACCGCCACGCUCGAGUGUGAAGUUUCCAGAGAGAAAGCAGAGGUACGAUGGUUCAGGGACGGACAGGAGAUCAGAAAGACCAAGAAGUACGAGAUGAUCGUCGACGGCCACAAGAGAGCGCUGGUCAUCCACGACUGCACUCUGGACGACUCGAAGACGUAUGCCUGCGACGCUAAAGACUUUAAAACAUCCUGCUUCCUCAACGUUGAACCUCCACAUAUCGAGUUCAAGAAGCCGCUCCAUGAUGUCGAGGUCAAAGAGAAGGAAUCCGCCAGGUUUGAGUGUGAAGUCUCCAGAGAGAACGUCAAAGUCCGCUGGUUUAAGGAUGGAAGUGAAAUCAGAAAGGGGAAGAAGUACGAAAUUAUCGCUCAAGGCCGACAGCACAUCCUCAUCAUCCACAAGUCUGUGUUUGACGAUGAGGCCGAAUACGAAUGUGAGGCGAAGACUGCCAAAUCCUCCGGCAUGCUCACUGUCGUCGAGGAGGAGGCGAGGUUCACCAAGAACCUGUCCAACGUGGAGGGAACGGAGACGGACAGCGUGAAGCUGAUCUGCGAGGUCUCCAAACCCAGCGCUGAUGUUACCUGGUACAAAGGAGACCAAGAGCUGCCGGAGGGCGGCCGCUACGAGCACAUCGUGGACGGGAGGAGGAGGAUCCUCCUCAUACAGGACCUGAAGUUGGCCGACACCGGAGAGUACAACUGCAGGCUGAGUCCCAGCAUCAAAACCUCCGGAAAUCUCAAGAUUAAUGAACUGGCUGCUGAGUUCAUCUCCAGGCCUCACAGCCAGGAGGUGGUUGAGGGCGAGAAGGCGGAGUUCACCUGCUCCGUCUCCAAGGACACCUACGACGUCAAAUGGCUGAAGGACGACAAGGAGCUGGAGGCGGGAGACAAAUACCAAAUGGUGAGCGACGGCAAGAGACGAACUCUGGUCAUCAAGAACUGCGAGCUCAAAGACGAGGGCGGAUACGUGGUGAUGAUCGGACCGACCAGAGCCAGCGCUGACCUCACUGUGCUCGAGAAACUGAAGAUCAUCACGCCGCUGAAGGACAUGGAGGCCCAAGAAGGUCAGGAGAUCGUCCUGAACUGCGAGGUGAACACAGAGGGAGCGAAGGCCAAGUGGCUGAAGAACGACGACACGGUGUUUGAGAGCAGCAAGCACGUGAUGGUCCAGAGAGACAACGUCUUCUCCCUGAGGAUCAGAGACGCCACGAAGGGAGACGAAGCCAACUACAGCAUAAACCUGACCAAUCAGAGAGGGGAGCAGGCCAAGAGCGCCUGCAACCUCACCGUCAAAGAGGAGAGUCUGAGGAUUGUGGUUCCUCUGGAGGACAUCGACACUCAGGAGAAGAAGACCAUCAGCUUCUCCUGUAAGGUCAACCGGCCCAACGCCACUCUGAAGUGGAUGAAGGCCGGCGUCGAGAUCGCCUUCAACAAACGCAUCGUCUACAAAGUGGACAAAGACAAGCACACGCUGACCAUCAAAGACUGCACACUGGCGGACGAGGGCGAGUACACCGCCGUGGCCGGAGACAACAAGUCCACCGCAGAGCUGGUCAUCAGCGAGGCGCCCACGGACUUCUCCAUGCACCUGAAGGACCAGACCAUCACCGAGUUCGAGGACGCAGAGUUCACGUGCAAGCUGACCAAAGAGAAGGCCGACGCAAAGUGGUACAGAAACGGACGUGAGAUCAGAGAAGGGCCGAGAUAUACAAUUAAAAAAGAUGGAAAGAUGUGCACCUUGUGUAUCAAGGAGUGCAGACCUGACGAUGAGUGUGAAUACGCCUGUGGAGUGGACGAGAAGAGAUCCAGAGCCAGGCUCUUCGUGGAAGAGACCCCGGUGGAGAUAGUCAGACCUCCUCAGGACGUGUUUGAGCCUCCGGGCUCAGAUGUCGUGUUCGAGGUGGAGCUCAACAAGGACAGAGUGGAGGUGAAGUGGCUGAGGAACAACAUGACGGUCGUCCAGGGAGACAAGUACCAGAUGAUGAGCGAGGGCAAAGUCCACAGACUGCAGGUCUGUGAGAUCAGACCUCGGGACCAGGGCGAGUACAGGAUCAUCGUCAAGGACAAAGACGCCAGAGCCAAGCUGGAGCUGGCAGCUGUCCCUCAGAUUAAGACCACAGACCAGAGCUACGUCACAGACGCCAGGAAGCCCAUCGUCAUGGCCGUCCCCUACAGCGCCUACCCACAGGCCGAGGCCGACUGGCUGUACAACAACUUGAGCCUGCCGAAAGACAACAUCUACACGUCCGCUGACCGCACGGAGUACCGGCUGAAGGACCCCCUGAAGUCUGACGAGGGCCGCUACAAGAUCAUCAUCAAGAACAAACACGGAGCGGGAGAAGCCUUCAUCACCCUGGACGUCAUCGAUGUCCCUGGACCCGUGAAGAACCUGCAGGUGGUCGACACCGCCGAUGGCGAGGUCAGCCUGGCGUGGGAGGAGCCUGAGAGCGAUGGCGGCAGCAAGGUCAUCGGCUACGUGGUGGAGAGACGUGACGUGAAGCGUAAGACCUGGACGCUGGCCACCGACCACGCCGAGAGUCCCGAGUACACGGUGACCGGCCUCCACAAGGACUCCAUGUACCUGUUCAGAGUCUGCGCCCGAAACAGGGUCGGCAGCGGACCCAACGUAGAGACCGACAAACCUGUACAGGCCAAGAACAAGUUUGAUGUUCCUGAUGCUCCUCUGAACGUCAUCGUGGGAAACGUCACCAAGUUCGGCUGCACCGUCUCCUGGGAGCCUCCCGAGUCGGACGGAGGCUCUCCCAUCACCUCUUACAUCAUCGAGCUGCGCGACAGGACGUCGGUGAAGUGGUCGCCCGUCCACAUAACCAAAAAAGACGAGCUCAGCGCCGUCAUUAACGACGUCAUUGAGAACAAAGAGUACAUCUUCAGAGUCAAGGCUCAGAACAAAGCCGGUGUCGGCAAGCCCAGCGCCGCCUCGCAGCCCGUCAAGAUCAUGGAUCCCAUCGAGCGUCCCAGUCCCCCUCUGAACCUGGUCUGGCAGGACCAGAACAAGAACUCGGUGCAGCUCGCCUGGGAAACUCCUCUGAAGAACGGAGGCAGCAUGAUUACCGGGUACAUCAUCCAACGCUGCGAAGACGGCACCGACAAGUGGCUCCGCUGCAACGCCCGCCUCUGCCCCGACCUCUUCUACAAGGUGUCUGGUCUGAAAUAUGGAACCAAGUACAACUAUAAAGUAUGUGCUGAAAACGCAGCCGGAGUCUCCGACCCGUCGAACAUCAUUGGACCGCUGCUGGCCGACGACCCACACGUGGGUCCGACCUUUGACCUGAGCGCUUUCAAAGACGGCCUGGAGGUGAUCGUCCCUCAGCCUCUCACCAUCAGAGUCCCCAUCAGCGGGUACCCGACCCCCGUCGCCAAGUGGACCUUCGGAGAGAAGGAGUUGACCGCCGCCGAUGAACGUGUCACCUUGACGACCAAGUCGAUGUUCACAGAGCUGAUCGUCACGCCAAGCGUCCGCCCGGACAAAGGCUCCUACACCCUGCAGCUGGAAAACGACGUCACAUCCGUCUCUGGAGAGGUCGAAGUCAACGUCAUCGCGGCGCCCAGCGCUCCGAAGGAUUUCAAGGUCCUGGAGGUGACCCGGCAGCACGUCCACCUGAGCUGGGAGGCUCCGGAGCACGACGGAGGAAGCCCCCUGACCGGCUACCAGGUGGAGAAACGGGACGUGUCCCGUAAGACCUGGGUCAAGGUGAUCACAGGUAUCCAGGAUCAGGAGUUCACGGUCAGCGACGUGGUUGAAGGGAAGGAGUAUCUGUUCAGAGUCACCGCCUGCAACAAGUGUGGACCAGGAGAGCCGGCCUACAUCGACGAGCCCGUCAACGUCUCCUCUCCUGCCACCCCCCCCGACCCUCCGGAGAACCUGAGGUGGAGAGACAAGUCAGCCAGCGGCAUCUUCCUGACCUGGGAGCCGCCGAAGUACGAUGGCGGCACCGGUAUCCGAGGCUACAAUGUGGAGCGCUGCCAGAGAGGAACCGACAAAUGGGAGCCCUGCGGGGACAUGGUGCCCGAGCUUAAGUGCCAGGUAACCGGUCUGACCGAGGGCCAGUGGUACGCCUACAGAGUCCGAGCCCUGAACAGACUCGGAGCCAGCCGGCCCUGCAAGGCCACCGACGAGAUCCAGGCCGUUGAUCCUAAAGAGCCUCCAGAGAUCCAACUGGAUGCCAAGCUGCUGGCCGGUCUGACAGCCAAGGCUGGCAGCAAGAUCGAACUCCCCGCCGAGGUGACAGGUAAGCCCGAGCCACGGGUCAAAUGGACCAAGGCCGACCUGGUCCUCAAACCAGAUGACAGGGUGUCUAUCGACACCAAGCCGGGACACUCCACCGUCACCAUCGCCAAGACCACGAGAGAUGACACCUCCACCUACAUCAUAGAGGCCACCAACAGCAGCGGCCGCGCCACUGCCACCGUCGACGUCAACAUCCUCGAUAAGCCCGGCCCUCCGGCUGCCUUCGACAUCUCUGAGAUCACCAAUGAGUCCUGCUUCCUGGCCUGGAACCCUCCGCGUGACGAUGGCGGCUCCAAAGUCACCAACUACAUCGUUGAGCGCCGGGCUGCCGACAGUGAGAUCUGGCACCGGCUGUCCUCCACCGUUAAACAGACCACGUACAAAGCUGUGGGCCUGGUCAAGUUCAAGGAGUACAUCUUCAGAGCCUUUGCUGAGAACCAGUUUGGUGUCGGCCCACCGGCUGAUCACCCAUCCAUCAUCGCCAGAUACCCCUUCGACACUCCUGGAGCUCCUUACAAGCUGGAGCCUUCAGAUAUCGCCAAGGACUCUGUGACUCUGAACUGGUACGAGCCUGAAGAGGACGGAGGAAGCCCCAUCACUGGAUACUGGGUGGAGAGAUAUGAACCUGACCACGACAGAUGGAUGAGAUGCAACAAGCUGCCCAUCAAGGACACCAACUACAGAGUCAAAGGUCUUCCCACCAGGAAGAAGUACAAGUUCAGAGUCCUAGCUGAGAAUCUGGCCGGAACUGGAAAACCCAGCAAGGAGACAGAUCCGAUCCUUGUCAAAGAUCCUAUCGAUCCUCCAUGGCCUCCCGGUAAACCCACGGUGAAGGAUGUGGCUAAGACUUCCUGCUUCCUGAUGUGGACCAAACCAGAGCACGACGGCGGAGCAAAGAUCGACAGCUACGUCAUUGAGAUGCUCAAGAGCGGCACUGUGGACUGGAUCCGCGUUGCAGAGGACAUCAGCAUCCUGGAGCACUUCCUGAAGGGCCUCAUGGAAAAGCAGGAGUACUCAUUCAGGGUGCGAGCCGUUAACGUGGCCGGGGAGAGCGAACCCAGCGAACCCAGUGAUCCAGUGCUCUGCAAAGAGAGACUCAACCCUCCUACGGCUCCUCGCUGGUUGGAGGUCAUCAGCAUCAGCAGGAACAGCGCCGAGCUGAAGUGGACGGUGCCCGAGCGCAAUGGAGGCUCGGCCAUCACCAACUACGUGGUGGAGAAACGUGACGUCAGGCGUAAAGGUUGGCAGGCUGUUGAUACCACGGUCAAGGAGCUAAAGUAUACCGUGACGCCGCUCAACGAAGGAUCGCUCUACGUGUUCCGCGUCGCAGCCGAGAACGCUGUGGGCAUCGGACCGUUCUGCGAGCUGCCUGACUCUGUGCUGGCCAAAGACACUUUCACUACUCCCGGGCCACCAUACGCCCUUACUGUUGAUGCUGUGAGCAAGAGAUAUGUGGACCUGCAGUGGGAGGAACCUAAAAAUGACGGUGGCAGACCCAUACUCAGGUAUUCGCUUGAGAAGAAGGAGAAGCUUGGAACUCGCUGGGUGAAGUGCGGGAAGACUUCCGGUCCAGACUGUAAGUACAGAGUGACAGACGUCAUCGAGGGAACAGAGGUUCAGUUCCAGGUCAGAGCCGAGAACGAGGCCGGUGCCGGUCAUCCAAGCGAGCCCACUGAGAUCCUCACCAUCGAAGACCCAACAGGUGCCCCAUCACCGCCCGUUGAGCUGCACGUUACCGGUGCCAGCCGGGACUUCCUGUCCAUCGCCUGGAAGCCUCCACAGAGGGAUGGCGGAUGUCCCAUCAGCGGCUACCACAUUGAGAUGUGCCAGGCUGGGACAGAGAAGUGGAUGAGGGUUAACUCCCGUCCAGUGAAGGAGCUGAAGUAUCGAGUGGAGGAGGGCGUGGUCCCCGAGAAGGAAUAUAUCCUGAGAGUUCGAGCCAUCAACGCUGUUGGAGUCAGCGAGCCCUCCGACAUCUCUGAGAACGUCUUCGCCAAAGAAUCUGACUGUAACCCGACGCUGGAGUUCCAGACUCUGGACCUGGUUGUUGUGGAAAAAGAGAAGCUGCACAUCCCGGUUCCCUUCAGCGCCGUCCCCUCGCCCAGAAUCACCUGGCACAAAGACGGCAAGGAGCUGAAGGCCGACGAACGUCUCGGCUUCAGGAAGGAGUAUACUUCCUGUCACCUGGAGAUCGACAGCAGCCUUCACGCUGAUGCUGGACAGUACAAAGUUACUCUGGAGAACAAACUGGGAGCCGCCAGCGCCACCAUCAACGUCAAAGUCAUCGGUCUUCCUGGUCCCUGUAAGGAAAUUGUGGCCUCUGAGAUCACAAAGAGCUCCUGUAAAGUGACCUGGGAGCCUCCGGACUACGACGGCGGCAGCCCCAUCCUUCACUACGUCCUGCAGCGGCGUGAGGCCGGCAGGAGGACAUAUGUCAACAUGAUGUCCGGAGAAAACAAGCUGAGCUGGACCGUCAAAGACCUCAUUCCCAACGGAGAGUACUACUUCAGAGUCCAGGCCGUCAACAAGAUCGGAGGAGGAGAGUUCCUUGAGCUCCGCAACCCGGUCAUCGCAGAGGACCAGAAACAUGCUCCCGACCCUCCGGUGGACGUGGAGACCCACAACCCCACAUCCAGCACCGUCACCCUGACCUGGAAGCCUCCCAUGUAUGACGGCGGCUGCAAGAUCAUGGGCUACAUCCUGGAGAAGCAGCAGAAGGGCGACGACAAGUGGGAGAGAUGCAACGACUUCCUGGUGCCCGUCCUGUCCUACACCGUCAGAGGGCUGACGGAGGGCAAGAACUAUACCUUCAGAGUCACAGCUGAAAACGCCGCCGGGCUCAGUGAGCCGUCACGCAGCCCACCGUUCGUCAAGGCCUCCAAUACCAUUGACCCUCCGAAGGUUUUCCUGAGCGGCAGCCUGCAGUCUGGCCUCAGCGUGAAACGCGGUUACGAGAUCUGCCUGGACGCCAAUAUCUCUGGCUCGCCAUACCCAGAGAUCACUUGGUAUUGGAACAACCAGGUGAUCCGGCCCGAGCCGCUCCGCAAGAGGCCCGAAAGACCCCUGAAGAAGAAGGUGGAGAAGAAGGAGGAGGUGAAGAAAGAGGAGGGAGAGGCCGAGAAGAAAGAGGAGAAGAAGGAGGGAGAGGUGAAGGAAGGAGAGGAAAAGAAGGAGGAGGAGAAGAAGGAGGGAGAGGUGAAGGAAGGAGAGGAGAAGAAGGAGGAGGAGAAGAAGAAGGAAGAAGAGGCGGCAGAGCCGGAGGUGGAGGAGACCGACUACCCGACGAUAAACGAGCGUCUGGCCAUCGACAACAGCCGCAGAGGAGCGUCCUCUGUCGUCAUCAGGGACUCGUUCCGUGCCGACCACGGUGUCUACAUGGUGAAGGUGGAGAACGACCACGGCAUCGCCUCGGCGACCUGCGAGGUCAACGUGCUCGAUACGCCCGGGCCUCCAGUGAACUUCAGAUUUGAGGAGGUCAGGAAGAGCUCUGUGAUUUGCAGGUGGGAUCCUCCUCUGGAUGACGGCGGCAGUGAGAUCCUCAACUACACUCUGGAGAAGAAGGACAACUCAAAGGUGGAGAUCGGCUGGAGCAGCGUCACCUCCACACUGAGAGGAUGCCGCUACCUGGUGCCCAAGCUCAUUGAGAAAAAGGAGUACAUCUUCAGGGUCAGGGCUGAGAACAAGCACGGCGCCGGCCCAUUCUGCGUCUCCAAACCACUCAUCGCCAAAAAUCCUUUCGAAACUCCCGAGGCUCCUGAUAAGCCACAGAUUGACGACAUUACAGCCCACAGCAUGCUGGUCACCUGGAACCAGCCAAACGACAACGGCAGCCCCAUCAUGGGAUACUGGGUGGAGCGCCGCGAGAUCAACAGCUCACACUGGGCCCGUGUCAACAGGGACAUGGUCCCUGACACUGAGCUGAAUGUUGAAGGUCUACUGGAGGGGCUGACUUACAUAUUCAGGGUCGCGGCUGAAAACCAGGCCGGCCCCGGAAAGUUCAGCGCCCCCUCCGAACCCAAGACAGCUCAGGCUCAAAUCCUACCUCCUGGACCUCCAACUGCCCGAGUGGUGGAGACCACCGACCACUCCAUCGACGUGGAGUGGGACCCACCUGCUGACAACGGUGGAGGAGAGAUCCUGGGAUACCACGUGGAUAAGGCCAUGGCUGGUACCAAGGACUGGUCCAGGUCUACAGAGCGUCCCUGGAAGACUCGGGCCUUCACUGUCUAUGGAGUCCGAGAGGGAGCCAAGUACCUAGUCAGAGUCAUCGCCUGCAACGCUGCCGGAGAGGGAACACCAGGAUUCACAGAGUCUGUGUUCGUCAGGAAUCCUGCAGAGUUGCCAGUGAUUGAACUGGCCCUGUCCGUCAAGAACGGUAUAGUCAUCAGAGCCGGCGAGACACUUCUUGUACCCGCUACAGUCACAGGUAAACCCUACCCAUCCAUCACCUGGACCAAGGACAACAGCAAACCCGACAAAGACCGUGUGGAGAUCCUCACAGAGGGCAAUGACAGCAUUGUUUCAAUCAAGAACGUCCAGAGGAAGGACUGCGGCAAAUACCAGAUCUCUGCUUGCAACCCCAGUGGCAGCAAGUCUGCUUCAACCAGAGUGGAGGUCAUGGACGUCCCCGGACCUGUGACGGACCUCAAGCCCGUUGUUGUCACUCGCAAGAUGAUCUUCCUGAACUGGGACGACCCUGAGGAUGAUGGAGGCAGCGACCUGACCGGCUUCAUCGUGGAGCGAAGAGACCUUAAGAUGCACACAUGGAGGCAGCCUAUUGAAACCGCCUCCUCCAAGUGCGAGUGCGUGGGCAUCAUGGAGGGACAGGACUACUUGUUCCGCGUCAUUGCCAAGAACAAGUAUGGCAUGGGCCCACCCGUAGAGCUUGGACCCAUUAAGGCUGUGGACCCACAGGGCCCACCAUCGUACCCUGAGAAGUUCCACUACACCGAGCGCACCAAGAAUUCCAUCACGCUGACCUGGAAGCCACCGCGUAAUGAUGGCGGUAGCCCUGUAAUCGGCUACUUCGUUGAAAAGAAGAGGCAGGACCAGCAGGCCUUUGAACUCUGCAACACAGAGAUCUGCCCCAACAUGACCAUGACUGUAGAGGGCCUAGAAGAAGACUGGAUGUAUGAGUUCAGGAUCAAGUGCGCCAACCUACUGGGAGAGAGCGAGCCAUCCAUCCCAUUCACUGUGGUCAUCCAAGACGAUGAAGUGGCUCCUGAGGUCCACAUGCUGAAGCACUUCAAAGGUGAUUCAAUUAUUGUGAGGAAGGGUGAGCCCAUUGAGAUCCCAGCUGAUGUCCUGGGCCUCCCCAUCCCUAAGAUCGAGUGGACAAAGGAUGACGUGGUGAUCGCGCCCACCGAGACUCUGCUGAUAGAGACGGUGGAGACCGGCCGGAUGAACUGCAAGACCACGCUGUCCAUCCCAGCAGCCAACAGGAGGGACCGUGGCAGCUACACCGUGUCUGCGUCUAACAACAUGGGCUCAGCCAAGCACACCACUACUGUCAUGGUGCUGGACCGGCCACUUCCACCCAGGAAUUUGGCAGUGUCCAACAUCAGGGCGGAGUCUUGCUACCUCAACUGGGACGCACCGCUGGAUAAUGGUGGCAGCGAGCUGACCAACUACAUUAUUGAGAAGAAGGAUGUAGUGAAAGAGGAGCCGGAGCUGGAAGAAGGUCAAGAAGCUCCACCUGAACCACAGUGGGAGCAGGUUACCAACAGCAUCAUUGAGAGGAAAUAUGGGGUGUGGAACCUGGAGACCAAUAAGACCUACUUGUUCCGGGUUAAAGCCGAGAAUCGCUAUGGUAUAUCCGACCCCUGCACAACAGAGGAAGUCCAGAUCACAGACCCAUUCGGCCUUCCAGGCCCUCCAGAGAAACCAACCAUUGCAGAGUACUCCAAGACCUCCAUGACGCUAACCUGGGAGCCUCCCAGAGACAACGGCGGGUCUAUGAUUAUUGGCUACUGGCUGGAGAAGAGGGAGAAAGGCACUGCCUACUGGGCCAAAGUCAACAAGGUGCCAGUCACCAAGAGGGGCAUGAAAGGCUGGGAUUACCAGGUGACUCGUCUGAUCGAAGGAACAGAGUAUGAGUUCAGGGUUGCUGCCUGCAAUUCUGCAGGAACUGGACCAUUCAGUGGACCAUCCGACUCUGCUUUCGCUGUCGACCCACUCACUCCUCCUAGCAUGCCUGCUGCUCCUGUGGUGGCUGAUAAGACGAAGCACAGUGUCACGUUGUCCUGGAGUCCACCAGAGAGGGACGGAGGAAGCCCCAUCAAGGGCUACAUUAUCCAGAUCCAAGGUGAGGGCACAUCUGAUUGGGUGAGGGUCAAUGACCCCGACACGCUGCACCCCACCACUGAGUUCACCGUGCCGAGCCUUCGUGAGCUGAAACGGUUCCGCUUCAGGAUCAUCGCUGUCAACGACAUCGGCGAGUCCGACCCCAGCCCCCGCACCAGCGAGGUUCUCAUCGAGGAUGUCAAACUUGCGCCUUCUAUCGAUAUUCACGUAAUGGCCGACGAUCUGCUGUGCAUCCGUGCCGGAGAUCCGAUCAAGAUCCCCGCCAGCAUCAAGGGUCGCCCUGUUCCCAAGGUAACCUGGGACUAUGAUGGCAAAGCCAAGUCGCACAAGAAGAACAAGCUGCACACACUGCCUGUGGACUCUGAGGUUGAGUCUACUGACACCACGUCCACUGUGACCAUCCCCGUCAGUCUGAGGAGUCACUCUGGACGCUACACCAUCACCGCCAAGAACAAGUCCGGACAGAAACAUGUCAACGUCAGAGUCAAUGUCCUCGAUGUCCCCGGAGCUCCAAAGGAGCUGAGGGUUACUGACAUCAGCCGGUCAACCAUGAGACUGAUCUGGAAACUACCAGACAACGAUGGAGGAGAGAGAAUCAAGAGCUACUUUAUCGAGAAGAAAUGUGUCACUGACAAGGCCUGGACGAAGGUGAAUGCAGCCUGUGCUAGCCAGGCCUACGUCGUGCCAGGUCUGCUGGAAGGUCAGGACUACCUGUUCAGGGUUCGUGCUGAGAACAGACUUGGAUUCGGCCCGUUCACUGUUACCAGUGAACCCGCCCGGGCCAGAGACCCCAUCUACCCACCCGACCCCCCCACCAAGCUGAAGGUCAACCUGGUGACGAAGACCACCACCACUCUGAGCUGGGAGCCUCCCAAAAACAAUGGCGGCGCGCCGGUGAAGCAUUACAUUAUUGAGCGUUUGAGCUGGGACACCAGCGGCAAGGAGAAGGAGACCUGGAAGCAGUGCAACAAGAGGGAUGUGGAGGAGCUCACCUUCGUGGUGGAGGACCUGAAGGAGGGAACAGAAUAUGAGUUCAGAGUAAAAGCUGUGAACGCCGCUGGACCCAGCCGACCCUCCACCACUGCUGGACCCCUGGUCAUCAAGGAUCAGACAUGCGCUCCCACCAUUGAGCUGCGUGAGGCCAUGGAGGGCGAGGAGGGCUGUGAUGUCAGCGUUGUGGCGAGGGUGAGCGGCUGUCCUUUCCCCACGCUCACCUGGCAGAAGGCCAGCCUGGCCAAGCCUGAGGAGAAGGCCGCCAUCCAUUACGACCAGCACAUCAACAAACUGGUGACCCAGGACAAGUGCACGCUGCUGAUCCAGCAGGCCAGCAGGCUCGACAGCGCCCUCUACAGCCUGACAGCCAGCAACAGCCUAGGCAGCGUCACCAAGGACAUCAAGCUCAGCGUGCUUGGACCUCCCGGCCCACCUGUCGGACCAAUCAAAUUUACCGAGGUGUUUGCGGACAGGAUCGGCCUUGCCUGGAACCCCCCCACAGACGACGGCGGAUCCAAGAUCACCAACUACGUGGUUGAGAAGCGCGAGGACAACAGGAAGUCCUGGGUCCACGUUUCCAACGACCCCAAGGAGUGUGCCUACACGGUGAACCGGCUGACGGAGAACCACCAGUACGAGUUCAGAGUCAUGGCCCAGAACAAGUUUGGAGUCGGGCCACCGGUGGUCAGCGAGCAGGAGAAAGCCAGAAACCUCUUCACCGUCCCGGGUCAGUGUGAGAAACCGACUGUGACAGACGUCUGUCUGGAGUCCAUGACCGUCAACUGGGACGAGCCUAAAUACGACGGCGGCUCCUCCAUCACCGGCUACAUCGUCGAGAAGAAGGAGACCACCGCCAAGCGCUGGGCCCGCGUCACCCGCGAGCCAAUCCGCGCUCUGCCGCUGGGCAACAACUGGGACGUCACUGGCCUGCUGGAGGGCGCCAUGUACCAGUUCAGGGUCAUCGCCGUCAAUGCCGCCGGCUGUGGUCUUCCCAGCCUGCCUUCUGACCCCAUACUCUGCAGAGACCCCAUCAAGCCUCCCGGGCCGCCGACCCCGAAGGUGACGGACUGGACGAAGUCGACGGUGGAGCUGGAGUGGAUCCCGCCUCAGGUGGACGGAGGGUCAAAAGUCACAGGCUACAUCCUAGAGUACCAGGAAGUGAACAAGGAGGAGGAGGAGAAAAAGGCUCAGAGGAAGCUGCUGAUGAUGAGCGAGGAGGAGGAGAAGGAGCCCGAGAGCGAGGAGGGCUGGGAGAAGGCGAAGGACACAGAGAUCAGAGGAACCAAGUUCGUGGUGGCUGGCCUGAAGGAAGGCGGUCUGUACCGCUUCAGAGUCCGAGCAGUGAACGCCGCCGGAGAAGGAGAUCCAGGACUCGUGUCUGAGCUGAUCGAGCUCAAAGACAGAACAAUUCCUCCUGAGAUGGACCUGGACGCCUCGGUGAAGGAGAAAAUCGUGGUCCACGCCGGUGGCACCAUCCGCAUCAUCGCCUACGUUUCUGGUAAACCCGCACCGCAGAUCACCUGGUGCAGAGACGACGGCGAGGUGCCCAAAGAGGCCGUGGUGGAGACGACGGGCAUUUCGAAUUCGCUGAUCAUCAAGAACUGCAAACGCCAACACCAGGGCAUGUACACGCUGAGUGCCAAGAACGAGGGCGGAGAGAGGAAGAAGGCCAUCAUCGUCGAGGUCCUGGAUGUCCCCGGACCGGUUGGUGUCCCCUUCGCCGGCGAGAACCUGACCAACGACUCCUGCAAACUGACCUGGUACUCCCCCGAGGACGAUGGCGGCUCAGCCAUCACCAACUACAUCAUCGAGAAGAGGGAGUCGGACCGCAUGGGCUGGACCUCGGUGUCCUACACGGUGACGAGGAACAACGCCGUGGUGCAGGGACUCAUCGACGGCAAGGGCUACUUUUUCAGGAUUGCAGCUGAGAACAUCAUCGGCAUGGGACCUUUCAUUGAGACCGACAAGAUGGUUCUCAUCAAGGACCCCAUCUCCGUCCCGGAGCGUCCGGAGGACCUGAUCAUCACCGCAAUUACCAAGGACUCUAUCUCUGUUGCCUGGAGACCGCCCAAGUACGACGGUGGCGCCGAGGUGACUGAGUACGUCCUUGAGUCUCGCAUGAUCGGAAAGGACAACUUCACGCGGGUAGGUGGAGAGGACAAGCUGCUGGAUAAGAAGUUCACACUGACAGGACUGAAGGACGGCUCGAGCCACGAGUUCAGAGUCUCCGCCAUCAACCAGGUGGGACAGGGCAAACCGUCCUUCGCCUCUAAGCCUGUACAGUGCAAGGACGAGCUUGAACCUCCCACUCUGGACCUGGACUUUAGGGACAAGAUGAUGGUGAAGGUGGGAGACACCUGCACACUGUCGGGACGCUACAGUGGUAAACCAGCCCCGGCUAUCGCCUGGACAAAGAAUGGAGAGGAGCUGAAGGCGGAUGACGAGAUCGGCCUCCACAGCACCACCCGCCACCUCAGCCUGACCAUCAGCAAGACCAAGAGAGAGCACAGCGGCCUCUACUGCGUCAGCGUGGAGAACGCCGCUGGGACUCGCACAGGACUCUGCACCAUCACCGUGGUCGACCGUCCUCAGCCUCCCAUGGGCCCCGUGGUGUUCAACGAGGUCUACAGGAACUACAUGGUGAUCUCCUGGAACCCUCCUCUGGACGACGGAGGCUGCGCUAUCUCCAACUAUAUCAUCGAGAAGAGAGACACCAACAGAGACCUGUGGAUGCCUGUCACCUCGUCCUGUACCAGGACCACCUGCAAGGUGCCGAAGCUGAUCGAGGGUCGCGAUUACAUCAUCAGGAUCAUGGCUCAGAACAUCUACGGCAUCAGCGACCCCCUGCUGUCCGCAGAAUCCAAGGCUAAAGACAUCUUCAAGGUGCCCGACGCUCCUAAACAGCCCACGGUAAAGGAGGUUUACCAUGACUCCGCCCUCGUCAGCUGGGAGCCACCUGCCGACGGAGGGAAACCUAUCACAGGCUACAUUGUGGAGAGGAAGGAGACCAUGGCCAACAGGUGGGUUCGCUGCAACACAGAGAGAAUCCAUCCGAAGGUGGAGUACUGGGUGACGGAGCUGCUGCAAGGCUGUGAGUACGAGUUCAGAGUCAGCGCUGAGAAUGAGGUGGGAGCCGGAGACCCGAGCCCACCAUCCAAACCCGUCUUCGCCAAAGAUCCCAUCGUGAAACCCAGUCCACCGGUGAACCUCCAGGUCAUCGACUUCACCAAGGAGUCAGUCACUCUGUCCUGGCAGCCUCCCACCGACACCGGCCGAGGAAAGAUCUUCGGAUACCUGCUGGAGUUCCAGAAGGCUGGAGAGGAGGAGUGGAGCAAGGUGAACCAGACUCCAGACUCCUGCCAGGAGACCAAAUUUAAGGUGAUCGGCCUGGAUGACGGUGCUCUGUACCGCUUCAGAGUCAUGGCUGUUAACGCUGCCGGAGAGUCUGACCCGGCUAACUUGAAAGAGCCAAUCAGAGUGCAGGACAGACUUGAGGCCCCAGAGCUGAUUCUGGAUGCCGGAAUGACCCGAGAGGUGAAGGCCAUGGCCGGUACUCACAUCACCCUGAUGGCCUUCAUCAAAGGCGUCCCGUUCCCCACCGUCACCUGGAAGAAGAACGACGCCGAGGUGCCCACCAGGGCCGACAUCGAGACCAACCAGGAAGGCACCAAGCUGGAGAUGAGGUUCUGUAACCGUGGUGACUGUGGAGACUACACCCUAACUGUGGAGAACUCCGUUGGAUCAAAGACCGCAACAUGCACCGUGCUAGUCCUUGAUAAACCUGGUCCCAUCCAGCACCUUCGGGUUUCUGACAUCAGGAGUGACUCCGCCUACCUGUCCUGGAAGGACCCAGAGGACAACGGCGGUGCUCGUCUCACUAACUUUGUGGUGGAGAAAAAAGACACUGCGUCCACUCAGUGGGUCCCUGUCUGCUCAACAUCCAAGAAACGCAGCAUGAUGCUGAAGCACCUGAUGGAGGGCACAUCGUACUCGUUCAGAGUCGCUGCUGAGAACCAGUACGGCCGCAGCGAAUACGUCGAGACACCAAAGGCCAUCAAAGCAAUGAACCCACUCUUCCCUCCUGGUCCACCUAAAGACCUGCACCAUGACGACGUUGACAAAACUGAAGUGUGGUUGGUCUGGAACUGGCCCGACCGCAAUGGGGGAAGUGAGAUCACAGGCUUCCUGGUGGAGUAUCAGGAAGAGGGAGAGAAGGAGUGGGACGAGUGGAAGACCGUCAGCAUCCCUGAGAGUCAUGUGACUGGUCUGGAGGAAGGAAAGACCUAUCGCUUCAGAGUGAGGGCUGAGAACGCCAUUGGCCUUAGCAGACCCGACACCACCGUGCCCAUCCUCUGCCAGGAGAAACUGGUGCCUCCAAUUGUCGAGGUGGACGUUAAGCUCACUGAAGGCAUCAUUGUGAAGGCUGGCUCCACCAUCAGGCUGCCAGCUAUCAUGAGAGGAAUCCCCGUUCCCACUGCCAAGUGGACCAUUGAAGGAGAGGAGAUCACCAGCCAGGGUAAUGUCAAGAUCGACACUGACAACUUCUCCACUGUGCUCAGCAUUAAUGACUGCACCAGGCACCACACCGGCACCUACCUCCUCACCGUGUCCAACCCAGCUGGAACCAAGACAGUGGCCUUGAACGUCACUGUCCUGGAUGUUCCCGCUGCUCCCAUUGGACCUGUCAACAUCCUGGAGGUCACUCCAGACUCCAUGAUGAUUGAAUGGCGUCCUCCCAAGGAUGAUGGCGGUAGCCCCGUCACCAACUACAUUGUGGAAAAGAGAGAGUCCAACAAGGAGACCUGGGGAUGUGUGAGCUCUGGAAGCCUCGCUACCAGUCUCAAUAUCACUCGCCUGCAGAGGGGAACAGAGUAUGUGGUUCGCAUUCGUGCUGAGAACAAGAUGGGCAUCGGCGCUCCUCUGGAGAGCAAACCCACUGUCGCCGAGCACACCUUCAUGCCACCCAGCCCGCCUGGUAAGCCACAGCCCUCUGAUAUCGCAGAGGAUGCUGUUACACUCGGCUGGACCAUGCCCUUGGCUGAUGGUGGCAGCCAGAUAACUGGCUACAUCAUCGAGCGCAGACACAAGGGAGGAAAAUGGAUCCGUGUCAACAAGACGCCCUGUAAGGACCUGAGGUACAGAGUCCUGGGUCUGUUUGAGGGUAAUGAGUACGAGUUCAGAGUGUUUGCUGAGAACAUUGCCGGCUACAGUGGCCCCUCUCCCACCUCUGAUCCAUGCAAACCGUGUAGGCCCAUCACUGUCCCCAGCCCCCCUGUCAACCCCAAAGUUAAAGAUUACAGCAAGACUACCGCUGACCUGGUGUGGACCAAACCCAACAAAGACGGAGGCAGUCCCAUCCUGGGCUACACUGUGGAAAUGAAGAAGGCCGACACUGAAGAAUGGAAAAAAGUGAACCUGGACAACUUCAUCAAGCAGUGUGCAUACACUGUGAAGGGUCUGGAGGAGGGCGUGACCUACAGAUUCAGAGUCUAUGCUUCCAACAUGAUUGGAGAUGGAGAGUCCAGAGAAGUCCCAGAGUCCAUCACUGCUCAGGACAUCCUUAUUCCUCCAGAGAUUGAGAUGGAGGUCACCUGCCGCGAGCGUGUUACUGUGCGUGUCGGACACAACAUCAACAUCAUUGGCUACAUCAAGGCUCGUCCUGACCCAGAAGUGCUUUGGUCAAAGGAGGAGACCGUUCUGGAGAACAGCAAACGUGUCACCAUCAUUCAGAACUUCCCUGUGGUCCACUUGAGGAUCAAAGAGGCCACAAGAGCUGACCAUGGUAAAUACGUCCUGAAGGUUUCAAAUGAGGGCGGUGAGGCCUCUUGCACAAUCACAGUCAAUGUGUUAGACAGACCCAGCCACUGCCAGAACCUGCACACAACCUAUGCCACCAAGGACUCAUGCAUGAUCAAUUGGGAGGCCCCUAAGGACAACGGUGGAUCCGAGAUCACCAACUACAUUGUGGAGUGUCGUGAACCCAGCAUUAGCAUGUGGUCUAUGAUCUCUUCCAACUGCACCAAUCGCAAGAUCAAAACCAAGCUCAUGGAGGGCCAUGAGUACCUGUUCCGUGUCUGCGCCGAAAACAAGGUUGGACCAGGACCUUGUGUGGAGACCAAGACCCCUCUGCUUGCCAUCGACCCCAUUGAGAAGCCCGGUGAGCCUGAGAACUUCAGAGCCACUGACAUUGGUAAGAACUACGUCUAUUUGAGGUGGAGGAAGCCUGACUAUGACGGUGGCAGCCCCAACAUCUCCUACAACCUGGAGUGCCAAGCCAAAGAUGCUGAGGAGUGGACGAAACUCAACACGGGCACUCUCACCGACACCUUCUUCCUGGCUGACAAGUGCACUGAGAACCAUACGUACACGUUCAGGGUGCAGACCGUUAAUGAAGGAGGAGAGAGUGCCUGGGUAAAACUUGCCGACAUUCUGGUGAAAGAGGAGAUCCAGAAGCCUGUCAUUGACCUGAAGCUGGCUGGAGCUUUGACAGUGAAGGCCGGAGAGUCAGUCAGGAUGGAGGCCGGCCUGAGAGGAAAGCCCCAGCCUGAGGUCAAAUGGACCAAAGACAAGGCUGUCGGAGACAACCCCAGAAUCAGCUAUGAGACUGGCCCAGACUACUCCAAGUUCCUUUUGGUCAAAUCCAGACGCACUGACACUGGAAAGUAUAUCAUUACAGCCACCAACCCGGCCGGCACCUUCACGGCAUACGCCAAUGUUAACGUCCUGGACGUCCCUGGCCCCGUGAGGAACCUCAGGCUUACGGGAAUUGGAGCCGACAAGUGCAGAGUGGUGUGGGACGGUCCAGAGGAUGAUGGAGGUUGCGAGGUGGACAGCUACAUCCUUGAGAAAUGCGAGACCAGGAGGAUGGUCUGGUCCACAUACUCCGCCUCUGUGGUCACACCGUACUGCAACGUCACUCGUCUGGUGGAGGGUAAUGAGUACAUCUUCAGAGUGAGGGCUGAGAACAAGAUGGGAACUGGCCCUGCCAUGGAGAGCAAGCCUGUCACUGUCAAGACUCAGUUCAGCAAACCUGGACCCCCUGAAGCCCCUGAGGUCACCAAGGUCAGUAAAGAUGAGAUGACUGUUGUCUGGGCUCCUCCUGAGAAUGAUGGAGGAAAGUCAAUCACCGGCUACAUCCUGGAGAGGAAAGAGAAGAGGGCAGUGCGCUGGGUUCCCUGCACCAAGAGCCCCAUCUCAGAGAGGCGCAUGAAAGUCACCAACCUGAUUCCCAACCAUGAGUACCAGUUCAGGGUGAAGGCAGAGAACGAGGUCGGCCUGGGAGAGCCCAGCAAACCUUGCAGACCCGUUGCAGCCAAAGAUCCCAUCGAGCCCCCUGGUCCCCCUGCAGGUCUGAAGGUGGGCGACAGCACCAAGACCUCAAUCACCCUGUCCUGGUCUAAACCUGUGUACGAUGGUGGAGCCCCCAUCAUCAACUACAGCCUGGACAUGAGGCUGAAAAGCGAGGCAGAUCCUGAGAAGCCCACAGAGGGCUGGAAGAGAAUUGACACUCAUGGCCCAUUGGUACUCACAGAGUUCACCAUCGGCCAGCUGGAUGAGAAGGUGGAGUACGAAUUCAAGGUGUCCGCCCAAAAUCAGGUGGGCUGGGGACGCCACGCCUACUUGAAGGAAGCCGUCUCCCCCAAGGAGAUCCUGGAGGCUCCAGAGAUUGACCUGGAUGCCAGUCUGAGGAAAGGCCUAGCUGUCAGGGCAGGCUGCCCAAUAAGGCUUUUUGCUGUCAUCAGAGGAAGGCCUUCCCCCAAGGUUACCUGGAAGCGUAUGGGUGUGGACAAUGUGGUCCGCCGAGGUCACGUGGACCAGGUCGACACCAUGUCCUUCUUGGUCAUCCCCGAGAGCACCAGAGAGGAUUCUGGGAGAUACUCACUGACUCUGUCUAAUUCAGCUGGAGAGAAAGCUGUGUUUGUCCGUGUCAAAGUCCUUGAUACUCCCGGUCCCGUCGGUGGCCUGGAUGCAACCGACAUCACCAAGACAACAGCUCAGCUGUCCUGGUUGCCACCAGAGAAUGACGGUGGCAGCCCCAUCCUCAACUACAUUGUGGAGAAACGGGAGGUAGAUAGGAAGACAUGGUCCAAGUGCAUAGAGGACCUGAAGAAGACCAGUUUCAAGGUUACCAAUAUGACGCCUGGCAUUGAGUAUUAUUUCAGAGUCAUGGCCUGCAACAAGUACGGCAUCGGAGUUCCUCAGGACUCGCCAAAGUCCUACCUGGCCGUUGAUCCCAUCAGUGAACCCGACCCUCCAAAGAAGAUGGACGUGUUGGAGGUCACCAAGAAUAGUGCCACACUGGGCUGGUUGAAGCCACUCAGAGACGGAGGAGCUAAGAUCAACGGUUAUGUGGUGGACUACCAGGAGGAGGGUGCACCUGAGGACAAGUGGACACCUUACUCUGUGGUCAAAGACCUGACCAUCGUGGUAGUUGGUCUGAAUGAAGGAAAGAAACACAAGUUCAGGGUGGCAGCAAGGAACUCAGUGGGAGUCAGCCUGCCGCGAGAGGCAGAGGGAGUGUUUGAGAUCAAGGAGCAGCUCAUGCCUCCUAAGAUCAUAUUGCCAGACAUUGUGACAUUUAGAGCUGGAUCCAAGAUGGUGGUUGAGGCCAUUGUGGCAGGUAAACCUGCUCCCUUCUGCAAGUGGAAGCAGGGCAACGAGGACGUGCUGACCUCUGACCGCCUGUCCGUCGUAAAGACGCUGACAACCUGCACGCUUAUCAUCAAGAAUGUGACGAGAAAGGACAGUGGCUACUACAGCCUAUCGGCUGAGAACAGCGCCGGCAAGGUCAACCAGAUCCUCAGAGUCACCAUCAUGGACAUCCCUGGACCCCCUGAAGCUCCUCUAGAGGUCACCGAACUAGACAUCGAUGGCUGCACGCUGCUCUGGAACUCCCCACAGGAGGAUGGUGGCAGCAACAUCACCAACUAUAUUGUUGAGAAGUGUGACGUCAGCCAGGGCGACUGGGUUACACUGUCCACAUCCUGCACCAAAACCAGCUUUAGAGUUACCAAACUGACAACUGGCAAAGAGUAUGGCUUCCGAGUCCGUGCCGAGAACAGGUUCGGCGUCUCCGAGCCCAUCUACUCUGAGAAGAUGAUCGCCAGAUAUCCAUUUGAUCCUCCCAGUGAGCCCAGAAACCUGCAGAUUAACAGAAUUAACAAGGACUUUGUCAUCCUGUCAUGGGAGCGUCCCAGCAGCGACGGCGGUAGCCCCAUCACUGGAUUCUGCAUUGAAAAGAAGGAGAGGAACAGCCUUCUGUGGGUGAAGGCCAAUGAAUCUCUGGUCAAAGCCACCCAGUACACCUGCACUGGCCUGAUGGAAGGCCUGGAGUACACCUUUAGGGUGUCUGCACUCAACCAAGCUGGACAGGGCAAACCUUGCAAACAGACUGACUUCAUCAUCGCCAGGACCGCUGUUGACCCACCAGGUAAACCCGAGCCCAUGGAUGUGACCAAGAACUCUGUGUCAUUGAUCUGGAGCCGUCCCAAACACGACGGCGGCAGCAAGCUGAUUGGCUACUACGUGGAGUACACAAAGCUCCCAGAGGAGAAGUGGAAACGCUGCAACGCCAACUGCAUGAACAUCCAGACAGAGAGCUACGUGGUGACCGGCCUGGAGGAGUACCAACAGUACCAGUUUAGAGUCAUCGCCAAGACCGCCAUCAACAUCAGCCAGCCGUCUGAACUGUCAGACCCCAUCCCUGUCAUUGCAGAGAAUGUUGCUCCUCGUGUGGAUCUGGGCGUCAACAUGAAGAACCUGAUCGUGGUGAAAGCCGGAGAGAACGUCUUCCUGGAUGCUGAGGUGUUCGGCAAGCCACUGCCGAAGGUGUUCUGGAAGAAAGAUGGAGCGCCUCUGGUCCUUGCUGAGGGAAUGAAGAUGGCCCAGAAGAAACAUGUCCACCUGCUGGAGCUCUUCUCCGUCACCAGGAAGGAGUCUGGAGACUACACCAUCACUGCUGAGAACAUCAAUGGCAGCAAGUAUGCAACCAUCAAGGUCAAGGUGCUCGACAAACCAGGCCCCCCGGCUUCAGUGAAGAUUUCUAAGGUGUUUGCUGACCGUGUUAAGCUGCGAUGGGAGCCCCCACUUGCAGAUGGCGGCUCUGAGAUCACGAACUACAUCAUAGAGAAGCGUGAGACCAGCAGGGCCAACUGGGCGCUGGUGUCAUCCAACAUCCAUGGACAUUCGACCGACUGCUCAGUGGAGAAACUCAUCGAAGGACAUGAGUACCAGUUCAGAGUCAGUGCUGAGAACCAGUAUGGUGUGGGAGACCCAAUCAUGACUGACCCCGUCAUGGUCAAGAACCCAUAUGAUGUUCCUGGUCCAUGCGAGCCGCCUGUCAUCACCAAUAUUACUAAGGACUCCAUGACAGUGAGCUGGAAGGCCCCAGCCAAUGACGGCAAGGCCACCAUCCUGGGCUACAUGGUGGAAAAACGUGAGGCCACUGAGCUGGCAUGGGCUAAGGUCAACCGCCGUCCGGUCAUCGACAGGACUAUCAAGGCCAUUCAGCUGACCGAGGGUUCUGAGUACGAGUUCAGAGUCAUCGCCGUGAACAAGGCUGGUCCGGGAAAACCCAGCGACGCAUCCAAUGCCGCACUGGCUGUUGACCCCGUCUAUCCUCCCGGCCCGCCUGCCUUCCCCAAGGUGGUGGACUCUACCAAGACCUCCAUCAGCCUUAACUGGACCAAACCGGCCUACGAUGGUGGCUGCGAGAUCAUCGGCUACCUGGUGGAGUGUAAGCGAGCUGACUCUGAGACCUGGAUGAAGUGCAACGUUGCAAAAAAGCUUCAGGCCACCAAAUUCCUUGUGACCGGCCUCCUUGACGACACUGAGUACCAGUUCAGAGUCUUCGCUGUCAACAAGAUCGGCUUCAGUGAGCCCAGUGAGGUCCCUGGAAACCACAUGCCCAAGGACAUCCUAAUCGCUCCUGAAGCUGAGCUGGAUGCCGACCUAAGAAAAGCUUUGGUUCUUCGAGCCGGCGUCACCAUGAGGCUCUACGUCCCACUGAGAGGACGCCCAGCACCAAAGGUGACGUGGACGAAGGUGGACGCCAACCUGAAGGAUAGGCAGGGCGUGCUGAUCCAGACGUCAGAGUGGGACACCCUACUGAUGAUUGAGGACAUUAACAGAUACGAUGCUGGCAAAUACGUCCUGUCGCUGGAGAACAGCAGUGGCUCCAAGAGCUACACCAUCGUGGUCAAGGUCCUCGAUUCUCCUGGACCACCUUUGAACCUGAUCGUAAAGGAGACCUCCAGAAGCCACGCCUGCAUCACCUGGGACGCCCCACUGAUUGACGGCGGCAGCCCAGUCAAGAGCUAUGUCGUAGAGAAACGUCUGGCAGAGAGGAAGGCCUGGACCUGCGUGUCAGCAGACUGCCACAAAAUCUCCUUCAGGGUCACCAACCUGGAGGCGGGACAGGCCUACUGCUUCAGAGUGCUGGCUGAAAACGCCUACGGCAUCGGAGAGGGCUGUGAGACUGCCGGGAUCGUCCGAGCCUCAGAGCAAUCUGGUCCAGUGACAGACUUCAAAGCCCUGAAGACCACCAAGGACUCUGUCGUCCUGGGCUGGAAGAAGCCCUUCAGCGACGGUGGAAGCCACAUUACCGCUUACAUCCUGGAACAAAGCCAAGGCGAGGAGAAGUGGAAGGAGAUCAUGAAGGGCAAGAACACCUCACACACCAUCGGCGAGCUGACUGAGGGCAAGGAGUACUUGUUCAGAGUCAAGGCUGUCAAUGAGUCUGGAGAGGGACCACCCACUGAGCUCACUGUCAUCGCAAAGGACCAGUUUGUGCUGCCGGACUGCAACUUAAGUUGUCUGCAGGACAAUUGCUACGUGGCGAAGGAGGGCAGCACCACACGGAUCAACAUCCCCAUCAUCGGAAUUCCCUACCCCACCACCACCUGGAAGAAAGGCGACACGAUGCUUGGAGACACCGGCCGAAUGUGCGUUGAGGCGUCUUCAGGCAUCACCACUCUGCUCAUCAGAGACUGCCAGAGAGGAGAUGCCGAUACUUACACCAUCAAUGUCAGAAACAGUGCUGGCUCCAAGGACUGCAAGAUCCAGCUGAAGGUGGUCGGUAAGCCUGGCAUCUGCACAGGACCCAUUAAGUUUGAUGAGAUCACUGCUGACGGCAUAACCCUGGAGUGGGGACCGCCCAAAGACGAUGGUGGUGCGGAGGUGUCCAACUACAUUGUGGAGAAGAGGAGGACAACGGACAACAAGUGGGUCACAGUGGCUUCAGCCAUCCAGAAGACCACCAUGAGGGUGAUCAGGCUCCACGAUGGAGUAGAGUACAUCUUCAGAGUGUUCGCUGAAAACAAGUAUGGGGUUGGAGAGUAUCUGAGGUCUAACCCAGUCAUCGCACAGCAUCCAUUCAAUGUGCCCGGGGCACCUGCUCCUCCAGAAAUAGCGAGCAUCCGCCACGAGAUGGCCCUCUUGACUUGGGCUGAUCCAAAGGACACUGGUGGCUCCACAAUAACUGGAUUUCAUGUGGAGUUUAAGGAGAGGAACAGUCAAAUGUGGAAACGAGCCAGUAAGACUCCUCUGAGAGUAAAGGAAUGCAGAGUCACUGGCCUUAUAGAGGGACUAGAGUACGAGUUCAGAGUGAUGGCCAUGAACAUGGCUGGCCUAGGAAAGGCAAGCAGGGCCACCGAGGCUGUGGUUGCCUUGGAUCCUAUUGAUCCUCCUGGCAACCCCGAAGUGAUCAGUGUCACCAGGAGUACAGUCACUCUGAUAUGGACUGCUCCCAAAUAUGACGGCGGCCACAAGCUGACUGGCUACAUGGUGGAGAAGCUGGAGGCUGGCGGCAAAGCCUGGAUGAAGGCCAAUCAUGUCAACAUCCAGAGCUGUGCCUUCACGGUCACAGACCUGACAGAGGGAUCCCAGUAUCAGUUCAGGAUCAGGGCCAAGAAUGCUGCUGGGGCUAUCAGUGUUCCCUCAGAGCUUACUGAGCUUCUGACCUGCAAGGAUGAGUAUGAGCCCCCGACGAUCACUAUUGACCCAGAUAUGAAGGACGGUGUGUCAGUCAGGGCAGGAGACACUAUUGUGAUCUCAGCCUCCAAAAUUGUGGGCAAACCUCCGCCCAUGGCUGUCUGGUCGAAGGGAGGUCGUGAGUUUAAGAGCUCUGACAUUGUCACUGUCACCACCACCCCCACCUCCUCCACUCUGGCUAUCAAGUAUGCAAGCCGGAAGAACACAGGAGAGUACACUAUCACUGCCAGCAACCCCUUCGGUAUAAAGGAAGAACGCGUAAAGGUGAAGGUCCUGGAUGUGCCUGGACCUCCAGGCCCCAUUGAAGCCAGCAACAUUUCAGCUGAGAAGUGUACUCUGACCUGGCUUCCACCAGAGGAGGAUGGAGGCUGCUCUAUCAAAUCCUACAUCCUAGAGAAGAGAGAGACCAGCCGCCUGCAGUGGACCAAGCUAGCUGAAAACGUCAUGGACUGCAGAUAUGUAGCUGGCAAACUGAUCAAGGGCAACGAGUACAUCUUUAGAGUGUCUGCUGUGAACCAGUAUGGCACUGGAGACUCAAGCCAGUCUGGUCCAGUCAAAAUGGUUGACAGUUACCGCCCACCAGGCCCACCGUCAACCCCAGAGAUUGAUGCUGUCAGUAGGAACGCUGUCACCAUUUCAUGGAAGAGACCAGCACAGGACGGAGGAAGUGACAUCAGAGGAUAUUGUGUAGAGAGGAAAGAAAGGAGAGGAAUGAGAUGGGUGAGAGCCUCCAAGAGGACGGUUCCUGACCUGCGCUUUAAGGUGCAAGGCCUGAGUGAGGGAGUAGAGUAUGAGUUUAGAGUCACUGCUGAGAACAAGGCUGGAUUUGGGGAGCCAAGUGAGCCAUCACACCCUGUGAUGACCAAGGACAUUGUGUAUCCACCUGGUCCACCAUCCAACCCCAGAAUUACAGACACCACAAAAUGCACAGCCACUUUCGCCUGGGGCCGACCCCACUAUGAUGGUGGUCUUGAAGUAGAGGGAUAUAUUGUUGAGUACAAAAAGGAAGGGCUUGAUGACUGGGAGGUGGAGACACAAUUCCCAUUGAAAGCUACUGAAUACGUUAUUGGUAAACUUCAAAAAGGAGCCAAAUACCACUUCAGAGUCAGUGCUGUAAACUCAGAGGGAGUUGGCGAGCCUGCAGAGGUUGAGAAACUGACUGAACUGGUAGACCAGGAGGUGCUGCCAGACUUUGAACUGGAUGCUGAACUCAGGAGAACCCUGGUGGUCAGGUGCCGUGCUUCAAUCCGUAUGUUUGUUCCCAUCAGAGGUCGUCCUGUUCCUGAAGUAACCUGGAGCAAAGAUGAUACCAACCUGAAAACACGUGCACAUAUUGAUACCACAGAGUCCUACACUUUACUGGUUAUUCCUGACUGCACAAGAUACGAUGCUGGAAAGUACCACCUCUGUCUGGAGAACGUUGCUGGAAAGAAGACCGGCUUUGUAAAUGUUAAAGUUCUGGACACACCAGGACCACCAGUCGAUGUUAAACCUAGAGAGAUCACUAACAGAAGCAUCACUCUCCAGUGGGAAAUCCCAAUAAUCGAUGGUGGUUCCAAGAUUCACAAUUACAUUAUUGAAAAGAGAGAGGCCACCAAGAAGGCCUACACGGUUCUUAGCACCACAUGGCAGAAGUGUUCCUUUAAGUUUGCAGACCUUGAGGAGGGAGCUUACUACUACUUCCGUAUCUCUGCUGAGAAUGACCUGGGCAUAGGUGAGCCCUAUGAAACCCCUGAGCCAAUCAGGGUGUCCCAGGCCCCCUCUGCACCAGAGAACUUGUAUGUCACAGAUGUGACAGCUGAUAGUGCCAGCCUGGCAUGGGCCAAGCCCCUGCAUGAUGGUGGCAGCCUAAUCACAGGAUAUGUCAUUGAGGCCCAGAAGAAGGACACUGACCAGUGGGUCCAUGUGGCCACCAUCAAGGCUCUGGACUACACUGUCACAGAUCUGAUUGAGGGCGCUGAAUAUACCUUCCGCAUAAUGGCUGUAAACGCAUCAGGCAGGAGUGACCCCCGAGAGAGCAGGCCUGCUAUUAUCAAAGAGCAAACUUCUGCUCCUUCCUUUGACCUGCGUGGAGUCUACCAGAAGACGGUCAUCGCCAAGGCAGGGGACCGUCUCAAGGUGGAGAUUCCAGUGCUCGGCAAACCCAGACCUGUGGUUUCCUGGAAGAAGGGAGACACAACACUCAAGGAAACGCAAAGGACCAACACUGAAACCACACCAACAUCAACUAUCCUCAACAUCGGUGAGAUCAAGAGGACUGAUGGAGGACAAUAUUCAAUGACUGGAAAGAACAUGCUGGGUACAGUGACUGAGACGAUCACAGUAUUGGUCCACGACAUUCCAGGUCCUCCCACUGGUCCCAUAAAGCUAGACGAGGUCUCAUGCGAUUAUGUUCUCAUGUCCUGGGAGGCACCAGAGAAUGAUGGAGGUGUUCCCAUCAGCAACUAUAUUGUUGAGAUGCGGGAGACUACCGGUACUUCCUGGGUAGAGUUGGCAGCUACAGUGAUCCGUACCACAUUCAAGGCAGCCCGACUCAACACUGGAACCAUGUAUCAGUUCCGUGUCAAGGCCCAAAAUAGAUAUGGCGUUGGACCAUGCAUUAUCUCUGAACAAGUGGUAGCAGCCUAUCCAUUUGAUGUGCCAGGCCAGCCAGGCAUUCCUGUUGUCACAUCUUUCAACAAGGAUGCUAUGACUCUUAGUUGGAAUGAGCCUUCCUCUGAUGGGGGCAGUGCCAUCCUGGGAUAUCAUGUGGACAGGAAAGAGAAGAACAGCAUUCUGUGGCAGAGGAUCAGCAAAGCUCUUGUUGUCGGAAAUAUCUUUAAAUCAACAGGCCUUGUUGAUGGAAUCGCAUAUGAACACCGUGUUAUUGCUGAAAACAUGGCUGGUCUCAGCAAACCAAGCAAACCCUCUGAGCCUAUGGCGGCUUUGGACCCGGUGGACCCACCAGGCAGGCCUGUUGCACUGAAUAUCACAAGGCAUGAGGUGACAGUGUCAUGGACCAAACCAGAGGGAGAUGGUGGAUUUUCAAUCACUGGAUACACAGUAGAGAGAAGAGAGAUGCCCAAUGGACGCUGGCUCAAAGCCAACUUCAACAACAUCCUAGAAACCAUCUACACAGUCAGUGGUCUGAUCGAAGAUGCAACUUAUGAAUUCCGUGUGAUUGCUAGAAACUCAGCUGGUGCUGUUAGUUCUCCAUCCCAGUCAUCAGAAGCAAUCACGUGCAGAGAUGAUAUUGAAGAGCCAAGGCUUGAUGUUGACGCAUCAUAUAGCAGUAAUGUUAUUGUCAUGGCAGGAGAGAUGUUCAAGCUGGAGGCCAGUGUGACUGGCAGGCCAAUCCCAUCUCUGGUAUGGACCAAGGAAGGAAAGGAGCUUGAAGACACAGCCAAAAUAGAAAUAAAGACAUCUGACUUCCACACAGCUCUAAUAAACAAAGAUGCCCUGAGGAGGGAUGGAGGUGCUUUUACUCUAACUGCCAGCAAUCCCGGUGGCUUUGCCAAGUUCACAUUCAAUGUCAAGGUGCUGGACAGACCUGGGCCACCAGACUCCCUCACUGUUACUGAUGUCGCUGCUGAGAAAUGUGUCCUUAACUGGCUGCAUCCAACACAUGAUGGAGGAGCCAAGAUUGAAUACUUUAUUAUUCAGAAGCGUGAAACCAGUAGACUGGCAUGGACAAAUGUGGCCACAGACCUACAGGCAAACAGGUUCAAGGUCACCAAGCUUCUGAAAGGCAAUGAGUACAUCUUCAGAGUCAUGGCUGUUAACAAGUAUGGCAUUGGUGAGCCGCUGGAGUCUGAACCGGUCAUCUGUACCAAUCCCUAUGUCCCCAGUGACCCACCACAGCAGCCUGAGGUCACCACCAUUACCAAGGACUCCAUGGUUGUCUGCUGGGAUCGCCCCGAACAUGAUGGAGGCAGCAGAAUAAACACCUACAUAAUUGAGAGAAGGGAUAAGACUGGACUACGCUGGGUGAAGUGCAACAAAAGAACUGUAACUGACCUGCGAUUCAAGGCCUCUGGCCUCACACCAGGACAUGAGUAUGAAUUCAGAGUUCUUGCUGAGAACAAUGCUGGUCUAAGCCAGCCUAGUCCUUCCAGUCCAUUCUACAAAGCUGUAGACACCAUCUUCCAGCCUGGACCUCCAGGGAACCCCAGAGUGCUGGACACAACCAAGUCUUCCAUCACCCUUGCCUGGAACAAGCCUGUAUACGAUGGUGGUUCUGAAAUCACUGGAUACAUUGUGGAGACCUGCUUGCCUGAGGAAGAUGAGUGGACAAUUCACACUCCCAAGAAGGGGUGGACAGCCACUUCCUUUACCAUCACCAACUUGAAGGAAAACCAAGAGUACAAAAUCAACAUCUGUGCCACUAAUUGUGAAGGGGUGGGAGAGCCUGCUGCUGUUCCUGGAACCCCCAAGGCUGAAGACAGGCUGCUUCCUCCAGAAAUUGAACUUGGAGCAGAGCUGCGAAAGGUAGUCUGCAUCAGAGCCUGUAGCACACUCAGACUCUUUGUCCCUAUUAAGGGAAGACCAGCGCCUGAAGUAAAAUGGUCAAGAGAGCAUGGGGUGUCCCUGGACAAAGCUAACAUUGAAAUCACCCCAUCAUUUACUACUCUUCAGGUAGAAAAUGUUGACAGGUUUGAUGGUGGCAAAUACAUGGUGACUGUAGAGAAUGCAUCAGGAAGUAAAACAGCCUACGUUAAUGUCAGGGUGCUAGAUACUCCUGGAGCACCUCAGAAUCUGUUCGUUAAGGAGGUCACUAGAGAUUCAGUUUCCCUCAUUUGGGAUGCACCUCUCAUUGAUGGUGGCUCCAGGGUCCGAAACUACAUUGUGGAGAAGCGCGAGUCAAACAGAAAAGCCUACUCCACAGUCUGUGCCAGCUGCCAUAAGUCCAGUUGGAAGGUUGGAGACCUGGAGGAAGGAAAGAUGUACUUCUUUAGAAUCCUGGCUGAGAACGAGUAUGGCAUUGGCCUGCCAGUUGAAACUCUUGAACCAAUUAAAGUCUCAGAGAAGCCUCUACCACCAGGCAAAGUCUCCCUUGGUGAUGUUACCAGCACCAGCGUCACACUAACUUGGGAAAAGCCUGACCAUGAUGGCGGCAGUAGAAUCACAGGCUAUAUUGUUGAAAUGCAGAGUAAAGGCAGUGAGAAGUGGACCCAGGUCAUGGUCGUAAAGUCCAAUGCAGCUGUUGUAACUGGCCUUACACAGGGACAGGAAUACAUAUUCCGUAUCUCAGCCACCAAUGAAAAGGGAGUUAGUGACCCACGUCCUCUCAGUGUGCCUGUGGUUGCUAAAGACCUGGUCAUCUCACCCACCUUCAAACUGCUUUUCAGCACAUUCAAUGUGCUGGCAGGAGAUGAUCUGAAGAUAGAUGUACCAUAUGCUGCCUGUCCCAAGGCUACAGCAACUUGGCUCAAAGAUGGCGUUGUUCUCAAGGAGACAACAAGAGUUAAUACUGAAGCCACAGACAAAAACCUUCUUCUGGUUAUUAAGGAGGCUUGCAGAGAUGAUGUGGGCACAUACACUAUCAAACUAUCCAACACAGCUGGAGAGGCAUCUACAGAGAUCAGUGUUCUUGUUCUCGAUAAGCCUGGUCCACCAACUGGCCCAAUUAAGAUGGAUGAGGUCACUGCUGACAGCUUGAUCCUGUCUUGGAAUCCACCCGAGUAUGAUGGUGGUUGCAGCAUCAACAAUUACAUUGUUGAGAAGAGAGACACAUCAACCACUAACUGGCAGAUUGUGUCAGCUACAGUGGCCAGAACCACUAUCAAGGCAGCCCGUCUGAAGACUGGAUGUGAGUACCAGUUUAGGAUUGCUGCAGAGAAUAGAUAUGGCAAGUCCUCAGUCCUGCUCUCGGAGACAAUUAUUGCUCAGUAUCCAUUUGAAGUGCCCAGCCCACCACGUUCUGUUGUUGUUCAGUCAGCCACCAAGGAGAGCAUGGUGGUUGUAUGGGAGAAACCCAGCAAUGAUGGUGGAAGCAAAAUUUUGGGAUACCACUUAGAGCUCAAAGAGAAAAACAGUAUACUGUGGGUGAAACAGAACAAACAACUUAUCCCAGAGACCAGAUUUAAGGUUGUUGGCCUUGAGGAGGGUAUUGAAUAUGAGUUCAGAGUCUAUAGUGAAAACAUUGUUGGCCUCAGCAAAGUCAGCAAAGUGAGUGAAAUGCAAGUGGCAAGAGAUCCUUGUGACAGACCAGGAAAACCUGAGGCUGUCAUUGUGACAAGAAACCAAGUGACACUCAGAUGGACCAAACCUGAGUAUGAUGGCGGCAUCAAGAUCACGGGCUAUGUGGUUGAGAAAAAGGAUGGAGCUGGCCGCUGGAUGAAGGCCAGUUUCGCCAAUGUCAUUGAGACCAAAUUUGUUGUCACAGGACUUACUGAAGAUCAGAUUUAUGAAUUCCGUGUCAUCGCCAGGAAUGCAGCUGGUGUUUUCAGUCAGCCUUCUGAUUCUACAGGACCCAUCACUGCCAAAGAUGAAGUGGAUCCACCCACAAUUGACUUGGACGCUAAGUACUCCCAGGCUGUUGUGGUAAAUGCUGGAGAGACGUUCAGGCUUGAAGCUGCCAUCUCUGGUAAGCCUGUUCCCACGGUACAUUGGCUGAAGAACGGUGAAGAGAUUACUGAAGCAGCUCGUGUAGAGCUCAAGAACACAGACUUUACAGCGUGUAUAGUUGUUAAAGAAGCUAUCCGUAUCGAUGGAGGUCAGUACACUUUGCUGAUAAAGAAUGUUGGAGGAGAGAAAUCUGUCAACAUCAAUGUCAAAGUUCUGGACAGACCAGGUCCACCCGAGGGCCCCAUCUCCAUCUAUGGGGUUACCAGUGAGAAAUGCUCCAUUUCCUGGAAACCUCCCUUGCAAGAUGGAGGUAGCGAUGUUUCCCAUUACAUUGUUGAGAGGAGGGAAACUAGCCGACUGGUUUGGACUGUGGUUGAACCAAAAGUUCAGACUCUGAACCUGAAGAUAACAAAACUUCUUCCUGGUAAUGAGUACAUCUUUAGAGUGAUUCCAGUCAACAAAUAUGGAGUUGGUGAGCCUCUGGAAUCUGAGGCAAUGAUUGCCAGAAAUCCAUUUGUCACUCCUAACCCACCGACUGAGGUAGAGGUUUCCACAAUUACAAAAGACUCCAUGGUGGUUACCUGGGAGCGACCAACUAAUGAUGGUGGCAGCCCCAUCCAGGGUUACAUUGUCGAGAAACGUGACAAGGAUGGUGUGAGAUGGACCAGGUGCAACAAGCGCACCGUGAGUGAGCUGCGCUUCAGAGUGACAGGGCUCCUGGAAAACCACAGCUAUGAAUUCAGAGUUGCUGCUGAGAAUGCUGCAGGUGUUGGCACCCCUAGCGCACCAACACUGUACUACAAAGCACUGGAUCCUAUCUUCAAAGCAGGCCCACCAAACAACCCCAAGGUGGUUGACACAUCUAGAUCUACUGUUUCCCUGACAUGGGGCAAACCUAUCUAUGAUGGUGGCUGUGAGAUUCAGGCUUACAUUGUUGAGGCUUGCGAUGCGGCAUCUGAUGAGUGGUUUAUGUGCACUCCUCCCACUGGAAUCACAGACACUAAGUUUACAGUGAAAAAGCUUCUGGAGAAGCAUGAGUACCAAUUUAGAGUGUGUGCCAUCAACAAAGUUGGUGUUGGUGAGCAUGCUGAUGUUCCAGGAAAAAUUCUUUUGGAGGAGAAACUUGAGGCUCCUGAUCUUGACCUGGAUGCUGAUAUGAGAAAGAUGAUCAACAUUAGAGCAGCAUGCACUCUCAGGCUAUUUGUUCCUGUGAGAGGUCGUCCGGCUCCUGAAGUGAAAUGGGCCAAGGCUGAUGGCGAGAUUAAGGAGACUGCCCAGAUUGACAAUACAGGCAACUAUGCUUCACUUGUCAUUGAAAAUGUUGAUAGAUUUGAUAGUGGUAAAUACAUCCUCACUGCAGAGAAUGCCAACGGAGUGAAGUCAGUCUUUAUUAGUGUCAGAGUCCUGGACUCACCUAGUCCACCAACUAACUUCAUAGUGAAAGAGAUUACCAAGAAUUCUGUCACCCUCACAUGGGAGCCUCCACUUCUGGAUGGUGGCUCAAAGAUUAAGCAUUAUCUUGUUGAGAAGCGUGAAAGCACUAGGAAAGUUUACACUCCCAUCACUACCUGCAACAAGAUGACAUGGAAAGUUGAGCCUCUUCCAGAGGGUGGAAUCUUCUUCUUCAGAGUUCUGGCUGAGAAUGAAUAUGGUGUGGGUCUCCCCGCUAAAACUACAGAACCACUUAAGAUAUCUGAGAAGCCUCAGCCACCUGGUAAAGUCAGAGUUGUUGAUGUCACUUCCAGUAGUGUAACUCUUGCCUGGGAGAAGCCUGUACAUGAUGGUGGCAGUAGAAUCAGUUACUAUGAAGUUGAACUGGCACCUAAGGACAGUGAAGCUUGGUCUGUGUGUGCUAGUGGGAAGACAUUGGAGACUGUAGUAACAAACCUAAUUAAGGGAGAAGAGUACCAGUUCAGAGUUGUUGCUGUAAAUGACAAGGGCAAAAGUGACCCUAGACAACUGGCUCACUCAGUUGUAGCAAAGGACCUUGUGAUUGAGCCUGCUGUCAGACCCAAAGUGAGCACCUACAGUGUCCAGGUGGGGUAUGACCUCAAGAUAGAAGUCCCAAUUGCUGGUCAUCCAAAGCCAACCAUCACUUGGACUAAAGAUGGAGCUGCCCUUAAGCAAACCACCAGAGUCAAUGUCACUGACUCAGCACAUCACACCACUCUCACCAUAAAGGAUGCCACCAGGGAGGAUGGAGGCAUGUACAGCAUUAAUAUUGCCAAUAACCUGGGUUCCAAGGAUGCCACUAUUGAGGUGAUUACCCUGGACAAACCGGGCCCACCAACAGGCCCUGUCAAGUUGGAGGACAUUAGUGCUGAGAGUAUGACUCUUAGCUGGGAACCUCCUACAUAUACCGGUGGCUGCCCAAUCUCCAACUAUGUAGUGGAGAAGAAAGACACAACCACAACCAACUGGGUGGUUGUAUCUGCCACUGUGGCCAGAACCACUCUAAAAGUGAGCAAUCUGAAGACAGGCUCUGAAUACCAGUUCAGAAUCUAUGCGGAGAAUAGAUAUGGAAAGAGUUAUGCAAUUGAUUCCGAGCCUGUUGUGGCACAGUAUCCGUUCCAGGAGCCUGGCCCACCAGGAACACCAUUUGUGUCUGCAUACACUAAAGAUUAUAUGGUGGUUGAGUGGCACAAACCCCCAUCUGAUGGAGGGAGUGCCAUCUUAGGCUAUCACCUGGAGAGGAAAGAGAAGAACAGUAUCCUCUGGACCAAGAUCAACAAAAUGCUCAUCCAAGAUUGCAGGUUUAAAUCUACUCCUCUUGAGGAAGGCAUUGAGUAUGAGUACAGAGUAUAUGCUGAGAAUAUUGUUGGCAUUGGAAAAUGUAGCAAAGUCUCCGAGGUUUAUGUAGCCCGUGACCCAUGUGAUCCUCCUGGCCGUCCUGAUGCUGUAAUAGUGACCAGGCACUCAGUGAAGCUGAGGUGGACCCCUCCACAGUACGACGGUGGAAGCUUAGUUACUGGCUAUGUAGUGGAGAAACGCAAUCUUCCUGAAGGAAAGUGGAUGAAGGCUAGCUUUGCAAACGUCAUUGAACAUGAAUUUACAGUUACAGGCCUGACAGAAGACAGUAAAUAUGACUUCAGAGUAAUUGCAAAGAAUGCAGCUGGUGCUGUCAGCAAACCCUCUGAGAGCACAGGAUCCAUCACAGCCAUGGAUGAAGUUGACCCACCUAAGUGUGAGACAGAUCCCAUGUACAACCAGACCAUUGUUAUCAGUGCUGGAGAGACUUUCAGUCUGGAGGCCAGUGUUGAAGGAAAGCCUAUCCCAACAGCUCAGUGGUUCAAAGGAAAUGUUGAGGUUGAAAACUCAGCUAGAGCUGAAAUCAAAAACACAGAUUUUAAGGCUUUGCUCAUUGUGAAGGAUGCCAUCAGAGUGGAUGGUGGACAGUACACACUGGUUCUGACUAAUGUGGCUGGAACUAAGACUGUCCCAUUCAGUGUGAAGGUCCUGGACAGACCAGGCCCCUCAGAGGGACCUCUGACUGUUAGCAAUGUCACUGAGGAGAAGUGCUCACUGUCCUGGCUGCCACCCAGGCAUGAUGGAGGAGCUAGCAUUUCUCACUAUGUUAUUCAGAAGAGAGAAACCAGCCGUCUGGCAUGGACUGUGGUCUCCAGUGAAUGUGGAGCUACCAUGUUCAAGGUUACCAAACUGUUGAAGGGCAAUGAGUACAUCUUCAGAGUCAUGGCCGUCAACAAAUAUGGUGUGGGCGAGCCUCUUGAGUCAGCGCCAGUUAUCAUGAGAAAUCCAUUUGUUGCUCCUGGCUCACCUCAGGAGCUUGAGAUCACUAAUAUUACCAGGGACUCCAUGACUGUUUGCUGGAACCGCCCUGAGACCACUGGAGGCAGUGAGAUCGUUGGUUACAUUGUUGAGAAGAGAGACAGAGCUGGAGUGAGGUGGACCAAGUGUAACAAACGCAGAGUGACAGACUUGCGUUUCAGAGUAACAGGACUAACUGAGGACCAUGAAUAUGAAUUUAGGGUAUCUGCUGAGAAUGCAGCUGGAGUGGGUCAGCCAAGCCCAUCUACACCCUACCUCAAAGCCUGUGACCCCAUGUUUGAACCAGGCUGUCCCACCAAUGCUAAUGUGGUCGACAUGACUAAAGACUCUGUCACUGUGGCCUGGCACCGGCCUAUCUAUGAUGGUGGUUGUGAGAUUCAGGGAUAUGCUGUGGAAGUGACUAAGGCUGAUGAGGAGGAGUGGACCAUAUGUACUCCACCCUAUGGAGUUAAAGCUACCAAGUUUACCAUCACAAAGUUGAUAGAGCACCAGGAAUACAAGGUGCGCAUAUGUGCCAUCAACAAGCUAGGUGUUAGUGAGCCUACUGAGAUCCAGGGAGUCGUGAAACCUAUGGAUAAGAUUAAUCCUCCAGAGAUGAUCCUUGAUUCAGGGCUCAGGAAGGGAAUAGUUGUCCGUGCAGGAGGAUCAAUGAGAAUCCGCAUUCCAUUCAAAGGCCGUCCUACUCCUGAGAUCAGCUGGGCCAAGGAGGAUGGAGAACUGCCGAGUAAAGUUCAGAUAGAGACGGGUGAAGAAUACACACAGCUCUCCAUUGAUAUCUGUGAUAAAUAUGAUGCUGGAAAAUAUAUCCUCAACCUGGAAAAUAGUGCUGGAACCAAAUCAGCCUUUGUCUCUGUUAAAGUUCUGGACACUCCAGGGGCCCCUCUGAAUCUAACAGUAAAAGACAUUAAGAGGGAAAGCGUCACUCUGACCUGGGAGCCUCCUCUUAUAGAUGGUGGGGCAAGAAUUAAGAAUUAUCUGGUUGAAAAGCGUGAGUCUACCAGGAAGGUUUACUCUAAUGUAGACAACAAAUGCACAAAGACAAGCUACCGUAUAACUGGGCUCACUGAGGGAACUAUCUACUAUUUCAGAGUCUUAGCGGAGAAUGAGUUUGGUGUGGGACAGUCGGCUGAGACAGAAGACUCAGUUAAGACCUCUGAGCCUCCUCUGCCAGUGGGUAAGGUCACUUUGACUGAUGUGACCAAAACCUCUGCCUCACUCUCCUGGGAGAAGCCAGACCAUGAUGGAGGCAGCAGGAUCAUGGGCUACCAAAUUGAGAUGCAGCCUGUGGGCUCAGAGGAAUGGGUGGUGGCUACCAUAACCAAAACUUGUGAGGGCACGGUCACAGGCCUCAGCACAGGACAUGAAUACCUGUUGAGAGUGUCAGCUUUCAAUGAUAAGGGCAAGAGUGACCCCAGGCCUCUGGCUGCACCAGUCACUGCCAAAGAUAUAACUAUCGAGCCCAGAUUUAAGAUGACAUUCAAAACUUACAGUUUACAGCUGGGUGAGGAUCUCAAGAUUGAUAUUCCAGUGAUAGGACGUCCCGUGCCCAAGGUUGAAUGGAAAAAGGAUGGACAUGCUCUUAAGGAGACAACCAGACUAAAUGUAUCCAGCACACAAUCAUCUACUAAGCUGUGCAUCAAAGAUACAAAUAAGGAAGACUCUGGUAAAUACACUGUCACAGCCACCAGCAGUGUCGGAACAGCCACAGAGGAGAUUACUGUUGUUAUUCUUGAUAAGCCUGGUCCACCCACAGGCCCUGUGAAGAUUGAGGAGGUGAGCUCUAAUUAUGUCCUUCUCUCCUGGGAGCCACCGGAGUAUACUGGAGGCUGUCAGAUCAACAACUACAUUGUAGAGAAGAGAGACACCACCACGACAGCAUGGCAGAUUGUGUCUGCCACUAUUGCCAGGACAACUAUCAAAGUCACCAACCUGAAGACUGGACUUGAGUAUCAAUUUAGAGUGUCUGCUGAGAAUAGAUAUGGAAAGAGUUCUGCCAUAGUCUCUCCUGCUGUUAUUGCUCAGUAUCCAUUUACUGAGCCUGCUGCUCCAGGAACACCAUUUGUUUCGGCUGCAACCAAGGAUAACAUGGUUGUUGAGUGGAAAGCUCCCAUCAACAAUGGAGGCAGCCCCAUCCUAGGCUAUCACCUCGAGAGAAAGGAGAAGAACAGCCUCUUGUGGACUAAACUCAACAAACUUCUAAUCGCAGAUGCACGUUUCAAGACUACCGAGCUGGAAGAAGGUAUUGAGUAUGAAUUCAGAGUUUAUGCUGAGAACAUUGCUGGAAUGAGCCCAGCUAGCAAGGUCUCUGAGAGCACAGUAGCCAGAGACCCAUGUGACCCACCAGGCACUCCUGAGGCUAUUGAAAUCACCAGAAACCAUGUGACACUCCAGUGGACCAGGCCUCAAUAUGAUGGAGGCAGUGUGAUCACUGGUUAUGUGAUUGAGAGGAGGAAGCACCCAGAUACCCGCUGGAUGAAAGCCAGCUUUACCAACAUCAUUGAUACCCAGUUCACACUCACUGGCCUGACUGAGGACUGUAUUUACGAGUUCAGAAUCAUUGCCAGGAACGCUGCUGGCAUUUCCAGCCAUCCUUCUCAGAGCACGGGAGAAAUUACUGCGAAAGAUGAAAUAGAAGCGCCGGAAGCCACCUUGGACUCUAAAUUUAAGGAUCUGACUGUUGUUCAUGCUGGUGAGACAUUCCUCAUUGAUGCUGACUACACUGGCAAGCCUGUGCCUGAGGUCAUAUGGUUAAAGGAUGGAAAGGAGAUUGACAAAACCACACCAAGAAUGGAGGUCAAGACCACACUCACACGUACCAUCCUGACAGUCAAGGAUUGCAUCAGAGUGGAUGGUGGCCACUUUGUCCUAAAACUUGUCAAUGUGGGAGGUGUCAAGAUGAUCCCAGUUAAUGUUAAAGUUCUGGAUAGACCUGGUCCUCCAGAUGGCCCGCUAGAAGUCAAAGGGGUCACAGCUGAGAAAUGUUAUCUGCACUGGAACCAUCCCUCACAUGAUGGUGGAGCCAGCAUCUCUCACUACAUGAUUGAGAAGAGAGAGACCAGUCGUUUGUCAUGGACCAUGGUUGAGCCCAAGAUCCAGGCUAUCAGCUACAAAAUAACCAAACUGCUGCCUGGCAAUGAAUACAUCUUUAGAGUCACUGCAGUGAAUAAAUAUGGUGUUGGUGAGCCUUUGGAAUCUGAGCCUGUUAUUGCUCGUAACCCCUUCACCACUCCCAGUGCCCCCUCCACCCCAGAACCCAGCGCUAUCACUAGGGACUCCAUAGUACUUACCUGGGAGAGACCAGAGAAUAAUGGAGGAGCUGAGAUUGAAGGAUAUAUCCUUGAAAAACGAGAUAAGGAUGGCAUCAGAUGGACUAAGUGCAACAAAAAGAGGCUGAGUGACCUGAGAUUCAGAUGCACUGGUCUCACAGAGGGCCACUGUUAUGAAUUCAGGAUCUCAGCUGAAAAUGCUGCUGGUGUGGGAAAGCCUAGCGCACCAACCCAAUAUAUCAAGGCCUGUGAUGCCACAUACCCACCAGGACCUCCAAAUAACCCCAAAGUCACUGACCAUUCAAGCACUACAGUGUCUCUGUCCUGGUCCAGGCCUAUCUAUGAUGGUGGAGCACAGAUCACUGGAUAUAUUGUUGAAAUGAAGGAGGCUACAGAUGAUGAAUGGAUCAUUUGCACACUACCCACUGGUGUUCAGACUACUCACUACACUGUAAAGAAAUUGAAGGAGAAUGUAGAGUACAACUUCCGAAUCUGUGCUGUUAACUGUGAGGGAGUAGGAGAGCAUGUGGACCUACCUGGGUCUGUGAUUGCUGCGGAGAAGCUAGAGGCUCCUGAAAUUGAACUAGAUGCUGACCUGAGGAAGAUGGUCAAUGUCCGUGCCACCGCCACCUUGCGUCUGUUUGUGACAAUCAGAGGAAAGCCUGAGCCUGAGGUCAGAUGGUCAAAGGCUGAUGGCACUCUGAAUGAGCGUGCCCAGAUUGACGUCACAAGCUCUUACACAAUGCUGGUGAUUGAUAAUGUUGAUAGAUUUGACACUGGCAAAUAUGUACUGACGCUUGAGAAUCUCAGUGGCUCUAAAUCAGCCUUCAUUAAUGUCAGAGUACUGGACUCCCCCAGCGCUCCAACUAACCUGGAGGUUAAGGAUGUGAAGAGAACUUCUGUCUCUCUCUCCUGGGAGCCGCCUCUAAUUGACGGUGGGGCUAAGAUAUCACACUAUAUUGUGGAGAAGAGAGAGCAGAAGAGAAUGGCUUUCACCAGUGUUUGCACCAGCUGUGUGAGGAACUCCUACAUUGUUUCUGACCUGCAAGAGGGAGGCCGAUACUACUUCCGUGUGUUGGCUGUGAAUGAGCUGGGAGUAGGUCUGCCCGCCUCCACAGAUCAAGUUAAAGUGUCUGAGAUUCCUUUGCCUCCUGGUAAGAUUAGUCUAGUUGAUGUGACUCGACAUACUGUAACCCUUUCCUGGGAGAAACCUGAUCAUGAUGGAGGCAGCAAGAUUACAAAAUAUAUUGUGGAGAUGCAGCCCAAGGGAGAAGACAAAUGGACUGUGUGCAGUGAAGUCAAAGCACUGGAAGCUACUAUAGAUGGUCUCACAGCUGGAGAGGAAUACUUCUUCAGGGUGACUGCUGUGAAUGAUAAGGGCAAGAGUGACGCCAAGCCUCUGGCCACCGCUGUGUUGGUGAAGGACAUCACGGUGGAACCCACCAUCAACCUGUUGUUCAACACAUACAGCGUAAAAGCAGGAGAUGACCUGAAGAUUGAUGUUCCCUUCAAAGGCAGACCUCAGCCUGAGGUGUCCUGGAAGAAGGACGGCCAGGUGCUAAAGCAGACAACCAGGGUCAAUGUUAUUACUUCAAAGACCUCAUCCAAGAUUUUGAUCAAGGAUGCAACCAAGGACGAUGUUGGAAAGUAUGAGAUUACACUGACAAACCCAUUUGGCACCAAGACAGCUGAAAUCUCUGUUAUUAUCCUGGACAAACCUGGCCCGCCAAGUAACAUAAAGUUGGAUGAGGUGAGCGCUGACUUCAUCUCUCUGUCUUGGGAUCCUCCAACCUAUGAUGGUGGAUGCCAGAUUAACAACUAUGUGGUGGAGAAGAGAGACACUACCACAACUACAUGGCAGAUUGUUUCAGCAACAGUAGCCAGGACAUCAAUCAAGGUGUCUCGUCUCACUCAGGGAACAGAGUACCAGUUCCGUAUUGCAGCUGAGAACCGUUAUGGCAAGAGUCCUGCCAUUGAUUCUACUCCUGUUGUCGCUCAGUAUCCCUUCAGUCCUCCUGGCCCACCAACCAACCUCCAUGUUUCUCAUGCCACCAAGUAUGGCAUGCUCGUGGUAUGGGGCAAACCUGCAAGUGAUGGUGGAAGCCCUGUUAUUGGUUAUCACAUUGAAUGCAAAGACCAAAACAGCCUCCUGUGGACCAAGGUCAACAGAGGUCUGCUGGCUGAAAACCAAUUUAAGAUGACAGGCAUUGAAGAAGGCCUGCUGUAUCAGUUCAGAGUAUAUGCUGAGAAUAUUGCUGGCAUUGGUCCAUGCACUACUGCCAGUGACGGCGUGGCAGCCAGAAACCCAUGUGAACCUCCCUGUAACCUUAGAGUCACCAACAUUACCAGGACAUCAGUUUCCCUCUUCUGGGAGAAGCCAGAGUAUGAUGGCGGAGCAAAGAUUACUGGCUACAUUGUUGAGCGUAAAGAACUUCCCAAUGGCCGCUGGCUGAAAUGCAACUUCACCAACUUGCAAGACACCUACUUCGAUGUCACAGGCCUUACAGAAGAUGUACAAUAUGACUUCCAUGUCAUUGCUAAGAAUUCAGCAGAGCUCUUGAGUGCUCCUUCAGAGAGCACUGGUCCUGUCACAGUCAAGGAUGAUGUAGACCCUCCCACCAUUAUCCUGGAAGAUAAGUUCAGACAGCUACUUGUCAUUAAGUCCGGAGAGAUCAUUACAAUUGAUGCUGAAAUCGCAGGCCGUCCACUCCCAGUUGUCUCCUGGUUUAAGGAUGGAAAGGAGAUUGAGGCCAAGGCCAGGUGUGAAAUCACCUCGACCAACUUCGCAACCACCCUGAUUGUCAGAGAUGCUAUCAGGAGGGACUCUGGCCAGUAUGUCCUGAGCCUGCACAAUGUGGCAGGAACCAGGUCUGUGGCUAUCAACUGUAAGGUACUGGACAGACCUGGACCUGCCUCAGGACCUUUGGCAGUGUCUGGCCUCACAGCAGAAAAAUGCACCCUGACCUGGGGACCCCCUCAGGAGAACGGUGGUGCUGAAAUCAUGCACUACAUUGUGGAAAAACGCGAGACCAGUCGCCUAGCUUGGACUCUCGUCUAUGGUGACAUGAAAGCAACCACCUGUAAAGUGACCAAGCUGCUUAAAGGAAAUGAGUACAUCUUCAGAGUCAGGGGAGUAAACAAAUAUGGGGAUGGUGAGGCCUUGGAGAGUGAGCCAAGAAAGGCCAUGGAUCCAUUCACCGUGCCUGCAGCACCCACUAAUGUCCAAGUCACCGCAGUUACUAGUGAGGCAAUGACCAUCUGUUGGGAUAGGCCAGUUUCUGAUGGUGGCAGCAGUAUCUCUGGCUAUGUCAUUGAAAAGCGCGAGAAAACUGGCCUUCGCUGGUGCCGUGUCAACAAGAAACCUGUUUAUGAUCUCAGAGUCAAAGCCUCACACCUUCGUAAUGGCUGUGAGUAUGAGUACAGAGUGUUUGCAGAGAACUCUGCUGGCCUCAGUGCUCCCAGCACCCCUUGCCCACUCACCAAGGCUGAAGACCCACAGUUCCUGCCUUCACCUCCUGCUAAACCCAAGAUCAUUGACACUACAAAAAACACAGUCACCCUGUCGUGGAAUAAGCCACUGUUUGAUGGUGGAGCACCUGUGACUGGUUACAGGGUAGAAUACAGGAAGACUUUAGAUGAUGAAUGGAUUGUUGGAGUCCAGAACACCAAGAACACAGAGUUUACAGUGGUGGGAUUGACAGCUGGGGCUGAAUAUGUCUUUGUUGUCAAGUCCAUUAACAAGAUUGGAGUCAGUGAGCCCAGUCCUGAGUCAGAUAAACAGGUCGCCAAAGAAAGAGAGGAGGAGCCAAUCUUUGACAUCAGUAAUGAGAUGAGGAAGACUCUUGUUGUGAAGGAUGGGAGCUCAUUUACCAUGCGAGUACCCUACAGAGGCAAACCCAUUCCCAGUGUUACGUGGACUAAGCCUGAUGUUGACCUUAGAGUUCGUGCUUUCAUUGACACCACAGACACUUUCACCUCCAUCACCUUAGAGAAAGCAACUCGUGACGACUCUGGCAAAUACACCGUCACCUUGUCCAAUGUAGCUGGAACCUCUACUUUGACACUCAAUGUCAGAGUCCUGGACUCCCCUGGACCUCCUGCCCAUGUAGAGGUCAAGGAGGUGACAAAGACCUCUGCUACUGUAACCUGGGACACUCCUGAGAAUGAGGGAGGAGGACCAGUCAAGAACUACCUUGUUGAUUUCCGAGAGGCCAGCAAGAAAGGCUGGACCAGGUUGACUGACACAUGCCACAGACUCACAUUCAAGGUGACAGACCUGCAGGAGGGAGGAGUCUACUACUUCAGAGUGACAGGCGAAAAUGAGUACGGUGUAGGUGUUCCUGCCGAGACGAAAGAAGGAACCAAGAUCACAGAAAAACCAAGCCCACCACCAAAGCUGGGUGUUACUGAUGUGACCAAGGAGAGUGUGUCCCUGGCCUGGGCCAAACCAGAACAAGACGGAGGCAGCAGAAUUAUUGGCUACCUGGUAGAAGCUCUGGAGAAAGGCCAGGAGAAGUGGGUUAACUGUGGCGUAACCAAGUCGAUCCACUUCACAGUGUCUGGUCUGAGGGAGAAUGCUGAAUACUUCUUUAGAGUCAGAGCUGAGAACCACGCUGGAUUCAGUGAUAUUAAGGAAAUGCUCAGCCCUGUAGUGGUCAAAGACCAGCUUGAAUCUCCUGAGAUCGAUAUGAAGGACUUCCCCCACAACACAGUGUAUGUUAGAGCCGGCUCCACACUCAAGUGUGAGAUCCCAGUCACAGGCCGGCCUUUGCCUAAAGUCACCCUGUCCAAGGAUAACGUGCUGCUCAAGUCAACAAUGAGGUUCAACUCUGAGGUCACCCUUGACAGCAUCAAGAUCACUUUGCGUGAGAGCAUUGCUAAAGACUCAGGGCGCUACGAUAUCAUUGCCUCAAAUUCCAGUGGAACCACCAAAUCCUUCAUAAAUAUUAUUGUUCUGGACCGCCCCAGUGCCCCUCUUGGACCUGUGGAACUGUUUGAUGUCACAGAAGACAGUGUCAGCCUGAAGUGGCUUCCACCAGCAUAUGAUGGUGGCAGCCCCAUCACCAACUACAUCAUCCAGAAGAGAGAGACAACCACAGCCAACUGGAUGGAUGUCUCUUCUGCUGUGGCCCGCUGCACCAUAAAAAUCAUGAAGCUGAACACUGGCUUGGAGUACCAGUUCAGAAUCAGGGCUGAGAACAGAUACGGAAUCAGCGAACACAUUGACUCCCCAACUGUCAGUGUCAGCCUUCCUUACACUGUCCCUGAUGCUCCAUCAACUCCAGAGAUCACUGCUGUAACCAGAGAGAGUAUCACUGUAAGCUGGAAGGAGCCCAAGUCAGAUGGUGGCAGCCACGUUUUCGGUUACCAUCUCCAGAUGAAAGACAGGAACAGCAUCCUUUGGCAGAGAGUCAACAAAAUGGUGAUCCGUGCUACACACUUCAAGGUUCCCAGCAUUGAAGCUGGACUUAUUUAUGAGUUCAAGGUGGCAGCAGAGAACGCUGCUGGAAUCAGUGCCUUCAGCAAGGUUUCUGAUGCAGUGCUGGCUAUUGAUGCCUGUGAGCCACCCAUCAACUUGCGCAUUAGUGACAUCACCAAGAGCACCAUUAGCCUGGCCUGGCAGAAGCCCAACUAUGAUGGAGGAUCCCCAAUCACCGGCUACAUCAUUGAGAAGAAAGAGGGUGUUAGUGCCAGAUGGUCCAAGGCUAACCUCACCAAUGUCACAGACACCCACUACACUGUGACAGGCCUAACCCAGGACGAGACAUACGAGUUUAGAGUCAUGGCCAAGAAUGCUGUUGGCUCAGUGAGCAACCCAUCCAUGACCGCAGGACCAGCCACAUGUGUGGACACCUACGGUGCCCCAGAGAUUGAAACACCUCAGGAGUACUUAAACGAGGUCAAGCACGGGGCUGGCUCUGAUGUGGAGCUCAAGUUUAAUAUCAUAGCCAAACCCGCUCCCACUAUUGAGUGGUUUAAGGAUGGCAGAGAGCUUGUGCCCAACGCACAGCUCUCUUUCAAACACACAUUCGAGUCCUCCAGUGUGUUCCUGAAGGACACCACGCGUCUGAACUCUGGAACUUAUGAGCUCAAGGUGAAGAACUCCCUGGGAUCUGCAUCCGCCUAUGUCAGGCUGCUCAUUCAAGAUAAGCCAGGCCCCCCUGAUGGAGAGAUUGAGUUUAAGAAGGUGACGGCUGAUAACAUCACCAUCAUGUGGUCCCCGCCUGCUGAUGAGGGUGGUGCCAUGGUAACACAUUACAUUGUGGAAAAGAGGGAGACCAGCAGGGUCAUGUGGUCCAUUGUCUCAGAGAAACUGGUCGACUGCAUCGUUAAUGUGCCCAGACUCAUCCGGGGCAAUGAGUACAUCUUCCGAGUACGUGGAGUCAACAAGUAUGGCAUUGGAGACCCACUGGAGUCUAAGCCUGUAAUUGCCAAGAACGCAUUUGUUCCUCCUAGCGAACCAUCCAAGCCUAAAGUGACCAUGAUCACCAAGUCCACCAUGACAGUGGUCUGGGAGAGGCCGGCGUUGGAUGGAGGCAGUGACAUCGAUGGCUACUACCUGGAGAAGAGGGAGAAGAAGAGUCUGCAGUGGUUCAAGGUGGUGAAGGGCACCAUCAGAGACACCAGGCAGAAAGUCACCAACCUGGUGGAGAACAACGAGUACCAGUUCAAAGUUUGUGCUGUCAACAAGGCUGGAGCAGGAAACUAUUCCGAACCCUCUGAACUUUACAAGGCCUAUGAUCCCAUCGAUCUGCCUGGUGAGCCAACCAAGCUGCGUGUAGUCGACUCCACAAAGACCUCCAUCACCCUUGGCUGGGAGAAGCCUGUCUACGAUGGAGGCAGUGAAAUCACACACUACUAUCUGGAACAGAUGAACACAGAGGAAAAAGAAUGGGUAAUCACCAACCCACAGGUCAAGACCUGCGAGUAUGUGGUAUCCCACCUCAAACCUGGAACCUACUACUUCUUCAGAGUCUCUGCUGUCAACUGCAAGGGCAAAGGAGAGGACAUCAAAAUGUACCAGCCUGUGCAAGCCAAGGAUAUCUUGGAGGAAGCUGAUUUGGACUUGGACGUUCACAUGACGACCCAGUACACAGCCAGGGCCGGCCGUGACGUGGAAGUGUUUAUCCCCCUGAAGGGACGCCCUGCACCUAACGUCACCUGGCGCCGGGGCGACCGCAACAUAGCUGGUGACAACCGCUAUACCAUCACCAGCUCUGAGCGAGCCACCACACUCCUCAUUACCAAGGUCACCCGUGAUGACUGCGGCAAGUACCUGCUGGAGAUUGAGAAUGGUGUGGGAGAACCCAAGAUUAUCACCAUUUCCCUUAAGGUUCUGGACAGUCCUUCCACCUGCCAGAAAAUGAUGGUCAAGAACGUGACAAGAGGAAAGCUGACCCUCAGCUGGGAGGCUCCUCUUAUCGACGGCGGUUCCCCUGUCACUAAUUACAUUGUAGAAAAGAAGGCCUCCACCAUGAAGGCUUACCAGGUGAUCACCGCAGAGUGUGCCAACACAAGUUACAAGGUGUCUGGCCUGGAGGAGGAUGUAGCUUACUUCUUCCGUGUGUCUGCUGAAAACGAGUACGGUGUGGGCGACACCUGCGAGACCACUGAGCCUGUCAGAGCCACGGAAACUCCAGGAGCUGUCAAAGACCUGGUGAUGCUGGACUCCACAAAGAACUCUGUUACUCUGCAGUGGACCAGACCUGACCACGAUGGUGGCAGCUACAUCACUGAAUACAUCAUUGAGAAGAGAACCAUGGAAGAUACCACCUGGACUUUGGGUGCGACGUGCAAGCGCUGCAGCUGCGAGGUGACAGGACUCAAGGAGAACGCUGUCAUGGACUUCAGAGUGUUUGCCAAGAAUGAAAAGGGCAACAGUGACUUCUCCCAGAUUGGUCCAAUCACAGUGAUGGACUUUAUCAUUCCACCUGAGGCCAACCUCAUCGACUACCCCAAUGGAGAGCUCGCUGUUCGUAUUGGUCAGAACAUCCAUAUUGAGUUGCCCUUCAAGGGUAAACCAAAACCUGCAAUCAGCUGGCUAAAGGAUAACUUGCCUCUUAAGGAAAGUGAUAGGAUUCGAUUCAGGACCACUGACAACAAGACUGCAGUCACAGUUAGAGGGGCCAAGAAGGAACAUGCUGGCCAGUACACCUUGGUUCUGGACAACAGAGUCAUCAAGAACUACUUUGACAUAAAUGUGAUCACUCUGGGACCUCCAUCAGUUCCAGUUGGUCCCAUCCGCUUCGAUGAAAUUAAAGCACAGAGUGUCAUCAUCUCCUGGGAUCAACCGAAGGAGGAUGGAGGAGGUGAGAUCACUUGCUACAGUGUAGAGAAACGUGAGACUUCCCAGGCCAACUGGAAGAUUGUCUGCUCCAGUGUUGUCAGGACCUCCUUCAAGAUUACCAACCUGGUCAAGGGAACCCAGUACCAGUUCAGAGUCCGUGCAGAAAACAAAUACGGAGUCAGUGAACCACUCAACUCAUCAGACAUUGUUGCAGAGCACCAGUACAAGCCUCCAGGCCCUCCAGGAAAGCCAGUGGCCUACAACAUCACCAGUGAUGGUAUGACCAUCAGAUGGGAGGCCCCUGGCUUUGACGGAGGAUCCCCCAUUUUGGGCUAUCAUGUUGAGAAGAAGGAUAGGAACAGCCUGUUGUGGCAGAAGGUGAACUCCACCAUCAUCUCCAAUAAAGAGUAUAGGAUCAUUAGUCUCAUCGAGGGUCUGGAGUACUCCUUUAGGGUGUAUGCUGAGAACAACGCUGGACUCAGCCCUGUUAGUGAACAGAGCAAACAUGCACUGGCCAUCUCCCCUGUUGAUCCACCUGGCACCCCUGUCUGCAUCGAUGUUACAAGAGACUCAGUCACCCUGCAGUGGGAUAUCCCCAAGAGGGAUGGAGGCAGCAAAAUUGUGGCCUACAGUGUGGAGAGACGCCAAGGUAGAAGCAAAUGGCUGCGGUGCAACUUCACUGAUAUCAGCGAGACCCAGUUCACUGUGACUGGUCUGUCCCCUGGAGACAGAUUUGAGUUCAGAGUUAUUGCCAGGAAUGCUGUGGGCACAGUCAGUCCACCAUCUAACUCCUCUGGAUACAUUAUGACCAAGGAUGAGAGCAUUGCUCCUGAGAUUGAGUGGUCUCCAGACCAGGUGCUUACACUGAGGGCCGGAGAGAACGUAAAGCUCAGCUGCAGCAUCACUGGACGUCCUGUCCCUCAGGUUGUCUGGUACAAGGAUGGCAAAGAGAUCGACAAGAGGACCAUGAUUGACAUCGAGAUUACCACCAACAUUGGUACCAGCAGCGUUUUUAUCCGUGAUGCUGACAGGAACCACCGUGGCAUCUACACCAUAGAGGCCAAGAACAGCUCCGGAACCAAGAAAGCUGAUGUCAACGUCAGAGUACAAGAUACCCCCGGACCCGUCGAGGGUCCCAUCCGUUUCACUGGCAUCACAGCUGAGAAGUGCACCGUGUGGUGGAACCCGCCGGAGAAUGAUGGCUGUGCCGCCAUCACCCACUAUGUGGUGGAGAAGAGGGAGACAUCCAGGCUCUCCUGGGCCAUGGUCACCUCUAAAUGCGAAGCCUGUUCCUUCAAUGCCGUCAACCUCAUCAAGGGCAAUGAGUACCAGUUCAGAAUCUCAGCUGUCAACAGGUUUGGUGUCGGAAAACCACUGGACUCUGAUCCUGUCAUCGCACAGAUGCAAUAUACUGUCCCUGAUGCCCCGGGUACCCCAGAUGCAACCCAUGUGACUGGAAACAGCAUCACCUUGUGCUGGACCAGGCCACGGUCGGAUGGAGGUAACGAGAUCAAACAGUAUAUCCUGGAGAGGAGGGAGAAGAAGAGCCUGCGGUGGGUGAAGGUUUCCUCUAAGAGGCCCAUCACAGAGCUAAGACACCGUGUCACCAACCUCACUGAGGGCAACGAGUAUGAGUUCCGCGUCAUGGCUGAAAAUGGAGCUGGCGUUGGACCAGCCAGCAGUACCUCCAGGCUCUUCAAGACCAGAGAGCCAACCAGUGCUCCUAGUGCUCCCACGUUAGUCAAGGUGACUGACUCCACAAAGUCCUCUGUCACCCUGGAAUGGACCAAGCCAGUCUUUGAUGGCGGCAUGGAAAUCAUUGGCUACAAUAUCGACAUGUGUAAGGCCAGUCUGGAGGAGUGGCACAGAGUCAACAGCCAGAUUUGCAUCCACACCAGGUACACUGCCAACGGCCUGGUCCCUGGAGAGCUCUACAAGUUCAGGGUCAGCGCUGUGAACAGCUCUGGAGAGGGCGAAGCAUCAGUUGUGCCCAACCCUGUUCAGGCUCUGGACAGACUUACAUCUCCUGAGAUCAACAUUGAUGCCAACUUCAAGCAGACUCACAUCGUGAAGAAUGGCGGCACUGUCAGCCUCCAAAUUGCCUUCCAAGGCAAACCAGUUCCUCUCGCCACCUGGUCUAAAGUAGACGGUGAGCUGCCCAUCAUGGCCGACAUCAACACCACAGAUUCCUUCUCUACCCUGACCAUCGAGAGUUGCACUAGGUACGAGGCAGGCAAAUACACCCUGUCCCUGGAGAACAACAGCGGGCGCAAGUCCAUCACAUUCACCGUCAAAGUGCUGGACACACCCGGACCUCCGGGUGUCAUCAGCUUCAAAGAUGUUACCCGUGGAGCCUUGACAAUGAUGUGGGAUGCCCCCACCAAUGACGGCGGAUCCCGAAUCCACCACUACAUUGUUGACAAGCGUGAGGCCAGUCGUCUGGCCUGGCAGGAGGUCAGCACCAAGUGCUCUCGCCAGAUGAUCAGGGUAACUGGUCUGGAUAUUGGCGUGCCAUAUGUGUUCAGAGUGAUUGCUGUUAAUCAGUACGGCCAGGGAGAACCUCAUGAGAUGACUGAGCCCAUCAUAGCUACAGAAGAACCCGCACCGCCCAAGAGACUGGAUGUUGUCGACACCACCAGCUCCACAGCCUCCCUGGUUUGGCUGAAGCCUGAGCAUGAUGGAGGCAGCCGCAUCAGAGGCUACAUCGUUGAGUUCAGAGUUAAAGGCACUGACCGCUGGGUGGUUUACGGAGAGACCAAGUCCCAGAAGAUGCUGAUGGAGGGACUGAUUGAGAACACAGAGUAUGACUUCAGAGUCAAGGCCAAGAACGAUGCUGGAAUCAGCGAGCCUCAGGCCACCUUCAGCUCUGUGGUCAUUAAGGAGCCUCGCAUCGAACCAACUGCUGACCUCAGCAGCAUCACCAAUCAGCUCAUCACCUGCAAGACCUCCACCACCUUCACGAUCGACAUCCCCAUUAGCGGCAGACCCGCGCCCAAGGUCACCUGGAAGCUGGAGGAGAUGAAGCUGAAGGAGACCGACCGAGUCUCCAUCAAAACCACAAAGGAGAGAACCACUCUGGUGGUGAAAGACAGCAAGAGAAGCGACAGCGGCAAGUACUACCUGACCCUGGAGAAUGCUGCUGGUGUGAAGACGUUCACAGUGACAGUGGUUGUCGUCGGCAGACCAAGUCCACCCACAGGCCCUGUGGAAAUUUCUGGAGUCUCCUCUGAGUCCUGUAACCUGUCCUGGUCCGAGCCAACAGAUGAUGGCGGCACUGACAUCACCAACUACAUAGUGGAAAAGCGAGAGUCUGGCUCUGCCUCCUGGCAAGUGGUAAACUCCAGUGUGAAGAGAACCACCAUCAAAGUGACUCAUCUUACCAAAUAUAUGGAGUACACCUUCAGAGUGUGCGCUGAGAACAAGUUUGGAGUCAGCAAGUCCACAGAGUCUGCUCCUGUUGUCAUUGAGCAUCCAUUUGUUCCUCCAAGUCCUCCAACUCGUCCAGAUGUGGUAUCUGUGUCCGCCAGUGCAAUCAGCAUCAAAUGGGAUGUGCCAUAUGCCGAUGGUGGCAGCAAGGUGACGGGCUACUGGAUCGAGAAGAAGGAGAGGAACACGAUCCUGUGGGUGAGGGAGAACAAGCUGCCCUGCCUGGAGUGCCAUUACAAGGUGUCCAACGUGAUCGAGGGCCUGGAGUACCAGUUCAGGGUGUAUGCCAUGAACAUCGCCGGACUCAGCAAGGCCAGCGAGGCCUCCAGACCUGUGGUGGCUCUCAAUCCUGUUGAUCCUCCCGGUAAACCAGAGGUUACCGACAUCACCCGCUCCUCCGUGUCGUUGUGCUGGACCGUGCCGCUUAAUGACGGCGGCAGCAAGAUCAUUGGUUACGUGGUGGAGAGGAAAGUCUACAGCACGGAUGAGUGGGAUGACAACCGCUGGCUCAAGUGCAACUACACCACCGUCAGCGAGAACUACUUCACCGUCAUGAACCUGGGAGAGGGAGAGACCUUUGAGUACCGUGUCAUCGCCAAGAAUGCCACGGGUGUCCACAGCGCGCCCUCAGAGUCCACCGGACCAGUCACCUGCAAGGAUGAAUACUCUCCUCCCAAAGCCGAGCUGGAUAGUAAGCUGGUGGGCGAGACUGUCACUGUCACCGCCGGGUCUGACCUCGUCCUGGAUGGCGCUGUGGGUGGUAAACCGCAGCCUACAGUGUACUGGUCCAAGGGCGACAAGAUUUUGGAGCUCGGAGAGAAAUACUCGCUGACCUACACUGCCACCAGAGCCAUGGCCGUCAUCAAAAACUGCGACAGAUAUGACACGGGAAGAUACAUCCUGACUGUCAAGAAUGCCAGUGGUACCAAGACCGCUGCCGUCAGCGUUAAAGUUCUGGACACCCCUGGACCUCCGGCUGAAAACAUUGUGAUCAGCAGAGUGACGGAGGAGAAGUGCACAGUGUCCUGGAAGAUUCCCCUGGAGGAUGGUGGAAGCACCAUCACCCACUACAUUGUGGAGCGCCGCGAGACCAGCCGCCUCAACUGGGUCAUCAUGGAGGCCGAGUGCAAGACUCUAUCAUGUGUCAGCUCCAGGCUGAUCAAGAACAACGAGUACAUCUUCAGAGUCAGAGGAGUCAACAAAUUUGGCCCUGGAGUUCCUCUGGAGUCCGAUCCCGUCAUCGCCAGGAACGCCUACACCAUCCCCUCCCAGCCGGGCACUCCGGAGGCUACAGGUGUGGGUAAGGAGCAUGUCGUCAUCGAGUGGCUGAAGCCCGAGAGCGACGGAGGCAGUGAGAUCAAAAAUUACAUCGUGGAUAAACGAGAGAAAAGCAGCACCAGGUGGACUCGAGUGAAUAGGACUUACACCAUCUACGACACCCGUCUGAAGAUCACGGGCCUGCUGGAGGGAAGCGAGUACCAGUUCAGAGUAACGGCUGUCAACGCUGCUGGAGACAGCCAGCCGAGCGACGCCACACCAUACAUCCUCUGCAAAGACCCCACAUAUACCCCAGCUCCUCCAUCAAUGCCUCGCAUCACCGACACAACCAAGCACAGCAUCAGCAUGACCUGGACCAGGCCCAUGUAUGACGGUGGCUCAGACGUCACCGGCUACGUGGUGGAGAUCCUAGAGGAGGGGACCGAGCAGUGGUACCGCGCCACCACCAAGGCUAUAAAUACAAACAAGUACGUGGCUGCCGGCCUGGCAGCCAAUAAGAAGUACAGAUUCAGGGUCGCUGCUGUCAACAGCAAUGGCACCGGCGAGUUCAGUGAACCUAGCGAUGAGGUUACACCGCUGGAGAGAAUUGAAAUGCCCGACCUGGAACUGGCCGAGGACCUGAAGAAAACAGUGUGUCUGCGCGCUGGAGGAACCCUGCGUCUGGUCGUAUUUGUGACUGGCCGGCCGACACCGGUGGUGGCCUGGAGGAAGACGGGCGUGGAGCUGCAGAGCCGCGGCUACAUUGAGACCACCGAUAGCUACACCUCUCUGAUGGUGGAGAAGGUCACUCGCUACGACUCCGGGAAAUACGUUGUGGAGGCAGAGAACCCAUCUGGCAAGAAGACUGCCACCAUCCUGGUGAAAGUCUACGACACACCUGGUCCUCCAGGUUCUGUGAAGGUGAAGGACUACACCAAGGAAUCCGUUGUGAUCACCUGGGACGUCCCGAGCAUUGACGGUGGCGCUCACGUCAGCAACUACAUCAUUGAGAAGCGCGAAGCCAGCAUGAAGUCAUACAAGACCGUCACCACUGAGUGUAGAAAAACCCUGUUCAGGAUCACCGGUCUGGAGGAGGGAGCGCACUACUUCUUCAGAGUCCUGCCAGAGAACAUCUAUGGCGUCGGCGAGCCCUGUGAGACAGCCGAGGCCGUGCUGGUAUGCGAGGUGCCGUCUGUGCCUAUGGACCUCCAGAUCGUUCACGUCACCAAGUCCUCCGUCACGCUGCACUGGGAGAAGCCACUGCACGACGGCGCCAGCAGGUUGACUGGCUAUAUCAUCGAGGCCUGCAAGGUGGGAACGGACAGGUGGAGUGUCGUGGCGACAGUCAAGGCGUCGGUGUCCCAGCACACCAUCCAGUCCCUGACAGAGAACGACCAGUACCUGUUCAGGAUCCGAGCCACCAACAGCAGGGGAUCCAGCGAGCCCAUGGACAUCGUCACUCCUGUCACCAUCCAGGACAUCAAGGUGAUGCCCAAAAUCGACAUGACCAAUAUCCCUCAGAAGAUCGUCCACAUCCACCGUGGCAAACCCAUCGACCUCAACAUCCCCAUAAAGGCGAGCCCGCCGCCUGUUUGCUCCUGGUUCUUCGGUGGUGUCAAACUGAAGGACAGCCUGGACCGCAUCAAGAUUGACAGCAACGGCAAAUACACCCACCUCGUCAUCCGCGAGACCACCAUCAACGACACCGGAGACUACACACUCGAGGUGAAGAACGCCAUUGGCGUGGCAACUGAGGUCAUCAAGGUCAUCAUUCUUGACAAACCCGGCCUCCCAGUUGGUCCGAUGAAGAUCGAGGAGGUUGACGGCGUGUCAGUGACAGUCAGCUGGGAACCUCCAGAGAAGGAUGGUGGUGCCAACGUCAGUGGCUACGUGGUGGAACAGCGCGAUGCCCACCGGCCCGGCUGGACCACCGUCUCAGAGUCUGUGACCAGACCCUGCUUUAAGUUUACCAGACUCUCAGAGGGAACAGAGUACGUGUUCCGCGUUGCUGCCAUGAAUCGCUUCGGUGUCGGCGGCUUCCUGCAGUCAGAGGUGGUGGAUUGCAAGAGCGCAAAGACCAUUCCUGGACCUCCAAGCAUGCCAGAGGUGCUUGAUGUCACUCACGAGGGCAUGACUCUGACCUGGCAGCCACCUGAGGACAACGGUGGCUCCACCAUUGCUGGCUAUAUCAUUGAACGUAAAGAGGCCCGCUCUGACAGGUGGCUGAGAAUCAACAAGAACCCCGUCACCAUGACCAGGUACCGCUCCUCUGGUCUGAUAGAGGGCCUGGAGUACGAACACCGUAUCACCGCCAUCAACUCAAGAGGAGCCGGCAAACCCAGCGAGAGCUCCGCCAUCACUGUCGCCAUGGAUCCCAUCGAGCCUCCAGGUCCUCCAGUUCAGCCCAAAGUCACAGACAGCACUAGGACGUCAGUCACUCUGGCCUGGCUGCCGCCUGAAGAGGAGGGCGGUUCUGUCAUUACUGGUUACUUCAUCGAGAUGCAGAAGGUGGACCAGGUGGAAUGGACACUGUGCAACACCACGGCCACCAAGAUGUGCGAGUACAUCCUCACCCACAUGCCCCAGGGUGCUGAGUACAAGUUCAGGGUCAUUGCCUGUAACGCUGGCGGUACCGGAGAACCUGCUGAGAUUCCUGGAGUGGUUAAAGUCCAGGAGAUGCUUGAUUAUCCCGACUACGAGCUUGAUCAUAAAUACGAGGAGGGCUACGUGGUGCGGCAGGGCGGAGUCAUCUGUCUGUCUGUGCCUAUCAAGGGUAAACCCAUCCCUACAUGCAAGUGGACCAAGGACGGUCACGACAUCUCCCACCGGGCCAUGAUUGCCACCCACGAUGACAUAACUGAGCUUGUAAUCAAAGAGGCGCACAAAGAUGACACCGGAACCUACGACCUGGUGCUGGAGAACAAAUGCGGCAGGAAGGCCGUGUACAUCAAGGUGAAGGUGAUCGGUCGCCCUGACGUUCCAGAAGGCCCUCUUGAGUUCGAUGACAUUCAGGUUAGAUCAGUCCGGGUAAGCUGGAGGCCACCGUCAGAUGAUGGCGGCUCCGACAUCCUGGGAUACAUUGUGGAAAGGCGAGAGGUACCCAAGGCCGCCUGGUGUACGGUGGAUUCCCGGGUGACUGAAACCUCGCUUGUGGUGAAGGGCCUGAAGGAGAAUGUGGCGUACCACUUCAGGGUUUCCGCCGAGAACCAGUUCGGCAUCAGCAGAUCUCUCAAGUCUGAUGAGUCUGUCACGCCUAAGACACCACUUUGCCCACCAGAACCUCCCAGCAACCCACCAGAGAUCAUGGAUGUUGCCAAAUCUACAGUGUCCCUGUCCUGGGCCCGGCCCCGGGAUGAUGGAGGCUCCCGCGUCACAGGAUACUAUGUGGAAAGGAGGGAGGUGUCGACAGAGAAGUGGGUCCGCCACAACAGGACCCACAUCACCACCACCAUGUACAACGUCACCGGUCUCAUCCCCGAUGCAGAGUACAUGUUCAGAGUGGUGGCUCAGAACGACAUUGGGCAGAGUGAACCUGGUCCUGCUUCAGAGUCUGUGGUCUGCAAAGAUCCGUUUGACAAACCCAGCCAACCAGGAGAGAUCGACAUCAUCUCCAUCACCAAAGACUGCAUCACCAUCCACUGGCUCAGGCCCGAGCAUGAUGGUGGCAAAGAGAUCCUGGGCUACUGGAUUGAGUUCAGGCAGGCUGGAGAGAGUGCCUGGAAGAAAUGCAACAAGGAGCGCUCCAAGGAUCGUCAGUUCACGAUGGGCGGCCUGAUGGAGGCCACAGAGUACGAGUUCAGAAUCUUUGCUGAAAAUGAGACUGGUCUCAGCCGACCUCGUCGCACACCCAUGGGCAUCAAGACCAAACUGAGCGUUGGUGAGGCUCCAGCUUUGAAGGAAGAGAUUGAAGACGUAACCACCAAGCUUGGCGAGUCUGGCACACUCACCUGUGGCAUCGUCGGUAGACCUUUGCCUGAGAUCAAGUGGUACCGCUAUGGCAAGGAACUGAUCCAGAGCCGCAAGUACAAGAUGAGCUCAGAUGGCCGGAACCACUCUCUCAGCAUCCUGACAGACGAGCAGGAAGACGAGGGCUUGUACACCUGCAGGGCUGUCAACGAGGCUGGAGAGAUUGAGACCAGCGGCAAACUACGCCUUCAGGCAGCGCCCCAGUUCCACCCAGGCUUCCCUUUGAAGGAGAAGUACUUUGCCGGGGCUGGCACCAGCCUCCGCCUCCAUGUUGUUUACAUUGGGCGUCCCAUCCCCCAGAUCAUGUGGUUCUAUGGCAAGAAGCCUCUGAACGCGUCUGAAAAUGUGAUUAUUGAAAACACUGAAAGCUACACCCACCUGGUAGUGAGGAACGUCCAGAGGAAGACCAACGCUGGCCGCUACAAGGUGCAGCUCAGCAAUUCAUUUGGAACUAUCGACACGUCGCUACGUGUUGAAAUCCAAGAUAAACCAUCCAUCCCUGAGGGCCCCGUGGUUGUUGAUGCCCUGCUGAAGAGCUCAGUUGUCAUCAGCUGGAAGGCUCCCAAGGAUGACGGAGGCUCCAUGAUCACUAACUACAUCGUGGAGAAGCGUGAGGCCAAAGAAGGCGAGCAGUGGCACCUGGUGUCCUCCUCCAUUUCUGGCAACACCUGCCGUGUCCCCAACCUGAUCGAGAGUGCUGGCUACUACUUCAGAGUUUCUGCCCAGAACCAGUACGGAGUCAGCGAACCUCUGGAAAUCCCAUCAGUAGUCAUCGUCAAGAGUCCAUUUGAAAAACCUGGCAUCCCACAGCAGCCCUUCAUCAUCAGCUCUACAAAGGACUCCUGUGUUGUCUGCUGGAAGCCUCCAACCAGCGAUGGUGGAGCUAAAAUCACCAGCUACUACCUGGAGAAACGUGAGAAGAAGCAGAACAAGUGGAUGUCGGUAACCAGUAAGAAGUUUGUAGAGACCAGCUACGAGGUCACCGGCUUGAUCGAGGGCUUCGAGUACGAGUUCCGUGUCAAGUGUGAGAACAUGGGCGGCGAAAGCGACUGGAGUGAGCUCUCUGAGCCUAUCAUCCCCAAGUCUGACCAAACUCCUCGUGCUCCUGUGUUCAGGGAGGAGAUCAGAGACAUGACUGUUAAAUACCAUAACAAUGCCACAUUUGUCACUAAGGUGGUGGGAUAUCCUAAGCCUGUGUUGAAAUGGUACCGCAGUGGAAAGGAGAUCCAGGCAGAUGGAACCAAGAUCAAAGCCCUGGAGUUCAAGGGAGGCUACUACCAGCUGGUCAUCACUGCAGCUGAUGAGAAUGACGCCACAGUUUAUCAAGUCAGAGCGACCAACUCCUCAGGAUCCGUCUCUACAACAGCCAACCUGGAGGUGGAAGUUCCUGCUAAGAUCCACCUGCCCAAGGAGCUCCAGGGAAUGGGAGCAGUCCACGCAGCCCGUGGUGAUCACAUCACCAUCAAGAUCCCCAUCUCUGGCAAGCCUGAGCCAGCAAUCAUUUGGCAGAAGGGUCAGGAGAUCCUCUCCAACUCUCCUUAUUACCAAGUCAUUACCACUAGGUCUUUCACCUCCCUGGUCUUCCAGAAGGGAGUGCAGAGAAAGGAUAGUGGCUACUACAUUAUUACUGCAAAGAACAGGUUCGGAACGGACAAGCAAACCAUUGAGGUGGACGUGGCUGACAUUCCUGAUGCUCCAAAGGGACUCAUUGUCAGCGACAUAUCUCGGGACUCCAUCACCUUGACCUGGGAGCCUCCUGCCAGUGAUGGUGGAAGCGAUAUCAUUAGCUACAUCGUGGAGAAGUGUCCCACAACUGCUGACAGGUGGAUCCGCGCUGGACAGACCGCUGAUUGCAGCAUCACUAUCAUCAACAUAUUCGGAAAGACCAAGUACCAGUUCCGAGUCAUUGCUGAAAACCACUUUGGCUUGAGCUCUCCUUCUGAGCCAACUGAGCCUAUUACCACAAAGGAAGACAAGUCUGUGAUCAGGAACUAUGAUGAGGAAGUGGACGAAACCAGAGAGAUCACCAAGGAGGAGGCUCCAUUCUACAAGGUGAAGGAGCUGUCCUCCAAGUACGUCAUCACUGAGGAACUUGCUCGCUGCCAGUUUGGAGCGGUCCACCGCUGUGUUGAGAUUGCCACCAAGAAGACCUUCAUGGCCAAGUUUAUCAAGGUCAGAGGAACUGACCGUGAGUUAGUUCUCAGGGAAAUUGAAGCCCUUAACCUAGCAAGGCACAUGAAUAUCAUCUACCUACAUGAAUACUUUGAAAGCAUGGACGAGAUCGUCCUAAUCUUUGAAUUUAUUUCUGGAGUUGACAUCUUCGAGCGCCUUGGGACCAGCAACUUUGAGCUUACAGAGCAAGAGAUUGUCCGCUAUCUAAGACAAGUCUGCUCUGCCCUCAAGUUCUUGCAUAGCCACAACUUUGGCCACUUUGAUAUCCGCCCAGACAACAUUGUGUACACCACAAGGAGAAGCACCAACAUAAAGAUUAUUGAGAUGGGCCAGGCUAGGCUUCUGGUUCCAGGAGAAAACAUCAGAAUGCUGUUCUCAGCUCCGGAGUAUUGUGCCCCUGAGGUCCACCGUCACGACCUAGUCACAACAGCUACCGAUAUGUGGUCUGUUGGUGUGAUGGCCUAUGUUCUGCUCAGUGGCCUCAAUCCAUUUGCAGCAGAGUCCACUACAAAGAUGAUUGAGAACAUCUCCAACUGUGAAUACAUCUUUGACAGUGAAGCAUUUAAGGACAUCAGCCUAGAGGCAAUGGACUUUGUGGACAGACUUCUUGUCAAGGACAGGAAGCUCCGUAUGACAGCCCAAGAGGCUCUGGACCACCCAUGGCUCAAGAUGAAGAUUGAGCAUGUCAGCAACAAGAUCAUUAGGACAUUGAAACACAGAAGGUACUACCAGAGUCUGGUAAAGAGGACAGAUACUAUUGUAUCAGCAGCUCGUGUAGCCUAUGGUGGCGCCUUCAAGAACCAAAGAGGACUGGCUGUGGGUAAAGUGAAGAUUGGAACUGAGUACCAUGGCCUCCGCACUGGUCCUGUCAUGCAUGGCUCAGCUGAAGAAGGUGGCCAUGUCAGAUUCACUUGUAUCAUCUACCACUAUGACAAGAGUACACAGGUGUCAUGGUACUUCGGUAACCGCCAGCUACACCCAAGCCCCAAGUAUGAAAUUACUUACAGCAAUGGUUUUGCCAGCAUCUAUGUAAAGGACAUUGAAGUGAGUGAUGAUGGUGUGUACAGAUGCAAGGUAGUGAGUGACAAUGGAGAGGACAGUGCUUAUGGAGAGCUCUUCGUUGAGACAGUGAGGAGCAUCAGAGAGCACUAUAUAAGCCGCUCCAUCAAGAAACUGAGGAAGAGAGUCGACAAGACUAAACUCCUGCAGAGACCACCCGAGUUCACUUUGCCUCUCUACAAUCGCACAGCCUACAUUGGCGAAGAUGUGCGCUUUGGUGUCACUAUUACCGUGCACCCAGAGCCUCAGGUAACAUGGCUUAAGAAUGGAGAGAGAAUCAAGCCAGGUGACGAUGACAGCAAGUACACGUUCACCAGUGAUAAGGGUCUGUACCAGCUGAUGAUCCACAACCUGGACUUGAAUGAUGAUGCCGAAUACACCGUCAUGGCCCACAACAAGUUUGGGGAAGACCGUUGUGAGGCCCGUCUCACUGUGAUACCUCAUCCUGUGAUGGAGGAAACUAUGAGGCCCAUGUUUAAACGUCUGCUGGCUAAUGUUGAGUGUGUCGAAGGACAUAGCGUCCACUUCGAGCUCAGAGUCUCAGGAAUCCCAAUUCCUACUUUGAAAUGGGAGAAGGAUGGUCACCCACUACAGUUAAGCUCCAAGGUAGUUGUCAUACAGGAGGACGUUGACUAUCAUAUUCUGCACAUCAGAAAUACUCUGCUCGAGGAUGCUGGUGUGUACAAGGUUACUGCAACCAACUCUGCUGGCUCUGCAAGCUGCCAGGCUGUACUGAAGGUGGACCGUCUUACCUACACUAGGAGAGAGUACAAGAGCGAGGAGGAGAAAUACUUACACGUACAGAAACAAAUUGAAAAGACCAACAAGAUGGCUCAGCAAAUUGUUGCCACUGAGGAGCUCAUACCUUUCAACCCCACAGCCCAGGAGGCUCUCAAAUUUGCUGCAGAGAUAUACAAGCCUGCAGUGAGCACUAAGAAUGUUGAGGGUGAGUUCGACAUCACAGUGGUAAAGUCAGAGACCAAGAAGCUGGAGGAGGAGAGGAGGAUCUUCAUGCCAUAUGAGAUCCCUGAGCCUAUGGUUCAUGAUCCCAGAGUUCUGGAUGAGGACAAAGCUAUCAAGCAGUUUGUGCCGCUCUCUGACAUGAAAUGGUACAGAAAACUGAGAGACCAGUAUGAGAUUCCAGAGAGGAUGGAGAGGAUUGUGCAAAAGAGGCAAAGACGUAUUCGCCUGUCCAGGUGGGAACAGUUCUAUGUCAUGCCCCUCCCCAGAAUCACAGACCAGUACAGGCCAAGAUGGCGUAUUCCAAAACUCACUCUGGAUGAUUUGGAGACAGUCAGGCCCGCCCGCCGUUCACCUUCUCUUGAAUCCGAGGUUUCCUUCAGGUCUAGGAGGAGGUCUCUGGGAGACCUUAGUGAUGAGGAGCUGCUGAUGCCUGUGGAUGACUACCUUUCCAUGAGGAGAACCGAGGAGGAGAAAAUGAUGCUGGAGGAUGAACUGGAGCUCGGCUUUUCUGCCUCUCCUACCCGCAGCCCUGUCCGUGUUGAGCGGCAAGCCAUGGAACGUGAAGAGAGGAGGCAGGAGGUCAGGCACGAGGCUGUCGAGGUUGUGGAGACAAAGAAAAAACGAACCAUUUCUCAGUUUAUGAGGCGGAGAAGGUCACUGUCUCCCACAUACAUCGAGCUGAUGCGUCCAGUCUCAGAGCUGAUCAGACGACCACAUGCCAGGUCUCCAGUGGAAGUAGAGGGAGAGAUCGUGGGGAGGAGGUCCCCCACCCCUGAAAGGACCCGUCCCCGAUCUCCCAGCCCCAUCAGGUCCGUUGAGAGGUCCUCCCGCUCCUCCUCCAGAUUUGAGCGUUCUGCCCGCUUCGACAUCAUGUCCCGCUACGAGGCCAGAAAGGCUGCUCUGAAGUCUGAGAGGAAAUAUCAGGUGGUUAGUCAGACACCUUUCAGCCUGGACCAUGCUCCCCGUGUGACCGUCAGGAUGCGCUCUCAUCGCAUACCAAUUGGCCAAGAUACCAAAUUCACCUUGAAUAUCCAAGCCAAGCCAGAGGCCGAGAUAAAGUGGUUCCACAAUGGAAAUGAAAUCUCUGAAAGCAGCAAGAAAUACAUCUUCUCCAACAUGAGUGGUGUUUUGUCAGUCACUAUUCUGGACUGCCAGGAAGAGGACAGUGGAACAUACCGCUGUGUAUUCUCCAACUCCAAGGGAGAAGCUUCUGACUAUGCCACUCUUGAUGUGUCAGGUAGUGGCUACACCACCUUCUCCUCUCGCCGCAGGGAUGAGGAAGCUCCCAAAGCUUAUGUUCCUGAAGUCACUCGAGUUGACCACUACCACACCACCCACUUCAAAGCUGGCUAUGCUUCCGAGACCCACUUGGAGUUGGAAGAGAGCAAGUCUAAGCUAACGGAGACACAUGAAGUUGUCACACGUGAAAGAUAUGCUGCGUCCUCUGAGAGAUACUCUUCUGCAGAGAGGUAUGACUCAUCCAUCAAGUACGCCUCUACUGAAUACCUGUCAUCUGGUUCUUCCUAUUCUUCCGACAAGUUUUCUCUGACUGGGAAACACACCACAUCUGAAGCUAAAUUGAAGUCAUCUUCUACUGCUGUUGCUGAGGACGUUUCUGUCCUUAAGGUGAAGCCUUCUCUUCCUGCCAGUAUCCUCACCAAACCCCAGUCGGUGACAGUUGCAGAGGGAGAGACGGCCAGAUUCUCCUGUGAUAUCGAUGGAGAGCCUGCACCCACUGUAACAUGGAUUCACGAGAGCAGAACCAUCGUAUCCUCUCACCAUGUCAAGGUCACCACUACUCAGUACAAGUCCUGCCUGGAGAUCUCCUCUGUCACUGCCUCCAAUGAGGGAAGUUACACUGUGGUGGUAGAGAACUCAGCAGGCAGACAGGAGGCUCACUUCACCUUGACCAUCCGUAGACCAGUUCCCAAAGAGGAGGUUAAGGCUGUCAAGUCCCCUGAAACAUCUGUCAAGUCACCCACUCCAAGUGUAAAGUCACCAGAGCCUUCAGUGACGUCUCCUGCUCCCUCCAUAACCUCCCCAGUCCCCAGUGUGAAGUCCCCGGAGCCUUCAAUUAAAUCACCAGCUCCAAGUGUUAAGUCCCCUGAACUGGGUGUCAAGUCACCAACGCCAAGUGUGAAGUCUCCUGAACCAGAGGGAAUAAAAUCUCCUAGGAGCAUCAAGUCUCCCGAGCCAUCGGCUGCCUCUCCAGCACCCAGCUUAAAAUCGCCAGCCCCAAGUGUCAAAUCUCCUGAACCUGAGGGAGUUAAGUCACCAAGGGGUAUAAAAUCUCCUGAACCCAGACUCAAGUCACCACCACCAAUGAAAUCUCCAGAACCUGCAGGAAUCAAAACACCGAAAGGUGUGAAGUCUCCAGAACCUGCUGGAAUCAAAACACCAAAAGGUGUGAAGUCCCCAGAGCCUUCAGGCAUCAAAUCACCAAGGGCCUUGAAGUCCCCUGAGCCCGUGGGAAUCAAAUCACCUCCUAGGAUGAAGUCUCCCCCUCCCAUCAUGUCCCCCAAAAGGGUUGUGUCUCCACCCACUAUAAAAUCCCCAACCCCGAAACCUCCCAAGGUCCUGAGUCAGCUAACAGCAGAGGCCGUUGAGGGUUCGGUGAGGAUGUCCUGUUCCUGUGAGAGCAGCGUCAGGGAAGUGGUGUGGUACGUCAACGGGAGAAGGCUUUCACAGAGCAGCCGCUUUGAGAUGCACUACUCUGACGGCUCCUGCAGCCUUGUAAUCCAGGAUUUGGCAGACAGUGAUCAGGGAGAGUACACCUGUGAGAUGACGUCAGAGGGAGGAGUAUCCAAAUCCUCCUUCUCCUUCACUGGACAGGUGUUCCAGUCCAUACGCAUGAAGAUCACGGCCUACAGGGAGCAGCAACUGGCACUUAAAGGAUCAAUGAUGAUGAGUCACAAGGAGGCGUCAUCCAUGAGCUCAUCCAUGAUGAAGAAAGAAAUGCACAUGGUGGAGGAGUCGUCCUCCUUAUCUUCUUCUGCCCAGCAGGCAAUGAUGUCCUCCAUGAUGGAGUCCAGCUCCUUCAGCAGCAUGGCAGCUGAGAUGAAGUUUGAGACCAUGUCCAUGUCCAGCAUGUCCUCCAUGACAUCUGAGACGUACGCCAUGAGCUCCAGCAGUCUCACGGAGAUGUCCUCCCACUUGGAGGGAUCCUCAUUCAGAGCAAUUGGUUCUGCUCCAAGGAUCGAGGCUCUGCCAGAAGACAUCAGCAUCGAGCCGGGCAAAGUCCUUACAGUCACCUGCGCCUUCUCUGGUGACGCCAAACACAUCGAGUGGUCACGUGGCGGCAAAACCAUCGAGGUGACUGCUGGAGGACGCUUCCACAUCGAGACCUCAGAGGACCUGACCACCCUCAUCAUCACCGGGGUGAAGGACGAAGAUGCAGGAAGCUACACCCUUAAACUGUCCAAUGAGCUCGGAUCCGACACAGCGACUGUUCAUAUUAGCAUCCGAUCAGUGUAAAAAAAAAAGAAUCUAAUCUUCCACUCCUCCCCUUUUCCCUACUUCCAGGCCUUUUUAUUUAUUAAUUGAGCGAAAUAAUCUACUUGAUAAAGAUCUGGAUUUCUGUUCUUGUAAAUAUGAACUAUUUUUGUACCAAUCUUGACAUUAAUUUAUGCCAAACUAGACUAAAGUCUAAAGUUGUUAUAAAAUGUGCCAUAUUGGAUAACUAUGACUUAGGAUUUUUGAUCCAUUUUUCUGUGACAUGUACAUAAUGUAUAUAGCCGAAUUUAACGGUUAUGGGAAAUGUAUGCAUUGUUAUUUAUGACAAUAUUAACUGAAACAAAAUGAAACUGAAUGUGGUUUAACAGGAGAAAGUUUCACCAGGAACGAAUACCCUGUCAAACCAAGAAACUAAACUCUGUGCCUCAACGAUAAGUUGAAGUCUUAAGAUUGCCUCAACAGGUAGAGAGGCUCCCUGUUGAUGUUAACUCAGAGACAAAGAUAUGAACGCACUGCCGGAGAGUGAGAGCGGUGCUAACAAGAGCGUGAGACCCUGAGUGCUGUUUGCAUCUACCCUCAUGUAAGCAGGACGACUGGACCUCACGCUCUGACUGAUUAUGUCAUACCGCCAUUUCGAUGACAUGCUCACAGUGCGAGCGGCCUGCACUCCCUGAGCACAAGUGUUUCUUUUGUUUUGUGCUCUGCUUCUGGCAAACGAACACUCGCUCGGCUCUUCAGUCGUACCAUCAACCUGGCCAAUUACAUAAAAAAAACAAGAGUCCAUCCUGUGCUUGUUUGCAGAAGCAGAGCUGUCUCUUGGAGGUCUGCUGUGUGUUUGUGUGUUAGUUUUUAGAAGUUCACCUGUCAGCCAAGCAGAUGUACCGCAGCCGAAACCAACCUGGCGCAGCGUUCAACGUGGACGGGAAGAUUUGAUUGAAGUUAGAGUUGUAGAGUUGACUAUUUUCGCAGCCUCCUUGAGUUUUUCUCCAAUUAUUGAUUUAAUAAAGCAUGAUUAUCAGCACUACA